GUGGGAAUUAGGGUUGUUAAGGAAGGCUGCGCAUUUUUCUCAGUAUGCACAGUUGGAUGAGCUGUUGUCAUGGUUUGUUCCGUGCGGGGGUUGGAAGAACUCGGUUCCCCGGACAUGCAACGAACUACAACGCCCAGGAUUCUUCGGGGGAAAGCGGGCAGUUGAAGUGGCGCAAACCGACGCGGAUUUCUGCCUCCUCUCUGCAGGCUUAGCUGUGUCCAACUCCAUGGAGCCUUGUGCGAAAAGGCUACGCAGUCGGGGGGAAAGCUUUGGUACGUGGGGAUAAUGGAAGUGCAGGUUAUUAAGUUCGCUAGUUCCGAAAUUAAUAGCUAAAAUUUAAAAUAGAAAUAAGUAGUUUCUACACGUCCCUCUUUUCCCCUCUACGGGCCCACUUUCGAUUAUUUAAAUUCCUUAGUUUUGAAACUUGGGGAUACUUUCAUUUUUCUUUGCCCCCCAGAGGCAGCGCAGGGCUGCAGCCCUCUCGAUCCAAAUCCCCGAAGGGUUUUGAGGCGUCUUAGAAAAUAACAUUUCCAUUGUGGCGGACGCUUUGUUGACUUGGGAGUCCCACUGAACACACCCACGGGUUUCCUUCUAGCAUCCAGCUGUCAGAACCUGUGGACUCGACUUAUUUCAGGGGUUCAUGUUGGGUCUGCAAAUGGCUUCCUCAGCCUGCGCAGAAGGUUCCUGCAUUGCAGGGGGUUGGACUAGAUGACCCUGGUGGCCCCUUCCAACUCUACAAUUCUUGGAUCGUUUGGGAGCGUCACAACAACCCCGCGAGGUGGGUUAGGUAGCAUUACUCCGCCCCGCAUCUGGAGGAAAGCCGAGGCUGCUUUGGUCGGGGGGCUACCAGCAAGACCCAUUCAUGGACCCUAGGCAGCUCGCUGCUGGGAAGCCGGCUCUGAGAAGCGUGCGGGGCGGCCAGAGUGACGCUACAAUGGCCCAUCGCCACCCAUUUCGCAGUCCUGCAGCAGCAACGAGGCGCAAACAGGAUCCCUUCCUGCAGGCUGAUCCUCUGCAGCAAGGCGCUGCGUAGUCCUCCGGCCACUAGGUGGCGCGCCGCCCAUAAUGAGGAACAGCGGCGAUAGGAGCGGCAGCGGGGGGGGGGGAUGGGGAGGGACGUUAGUGCGUCUCUCUGGUGAUGACAAAGCGGCUGCAAUCUUAACGGCUUUCCCUACAAACACUUCCGGCUCGCUAAUAUGCCUCGGCUGGACUCCAUGUGCGGGGCGUAGAAAGGGGUGGCAAAUGCGUUUUGCGUUUAUUCAGUCGUUUUAAAAACGCGCACGCAAAAACCAAGGUGUGCAUUCAUUCCGCGGCUUCGAUGUUUGCUCGAGGAGAGCGUGGCCUUCCGCCUGUGGGCGCAGGUAGUCUGAUGAAAUAAGGAUCUUGUCAGGGUUCCCUUUUGUUUUAACUCAUUAAAAUAAACAAGACCACCAUCCUUUAACUAGGCUUAUUUAAAACUAAACAAAAAACCCCCCACCAACCACCCCUCCCUGUCUUUCCCCGCCCUGCACCCGCACGUGGAGUCGCCCAUCGCACUCCCGAAGUGCGCGCUGCGAGGAGAGCCCCGCACCCUCUUUAGGCAGCUGCCCGGUGGCGCUUGGCGGCUUGGCCGUAAAGCGUCGCCGAGUGUCGCGCUUUUGCGUCCGCGGAGGGAGAGAGAGGGGGAAAGGGAGAGGGAGGGAGCGGCUGGCAGAGGAGAAGAAGAAGAAGCAGAAGAAGGAGACGAGGGAGGUGGCGGCGGCGGCGGCCGGAGAAGCAGGACCGGGGGGCGGGGGCCGCGCAGCAAAGCCAACUGCCCCCGCUCGGGGCUGCGCCCUCGGCCCCGAACCGGGGAGGGAAGGAGGGGUCCGGGCGAGAGGAAGGACGUCGCGCCGAGCGGAGCCGUGAGGAGGGUCCGGCGCCAGCUGGGCCGGGCUAGGCCGCUUCGCCCUCGCCCCCCUCAGCGCCCUCAGGUACGCGCUGGAGGCUUCCGUGGGCCCCGGGAGUGGGAGGAGGGCGAGAGGCCGCCCUGCGUGUGGGGCUCCCCUGGGCCGGGGCUGCCCGCCGCCUCCGCCGCUCGCUUCCUCCCGCUUCACGGCGGAAGGGAAGGUGCGAGACCGCAGAGGAAUAGGCGGCGGUGGGCUGAGGGCCCCGACUGGUGCAGCGCCGCCCGCCUUCCCGGCAGAUCUCUGUCCCGAGAGGCGUACAGUUUGGGUUGGGUUGGGGGAGACGGAAGGGUGGCAGCUCCACGCAGCGUGAGAGCUUGUGGGGUAGGAGGGAAGGCAAAAUAGGGGCAGCUCGGGCUUGGCCGGCCUCUUGCGCCUCGCUUUCCUCCUCCCCGCGCUGGGCCUGUGCGAUCUGGGAUAAAGAAAUGGAAUUAUUGGUGAUCACUAUGCCCUGGUCUAGCACCCUCGAGGGUCUGGUGAACGUCGGCGAUAUGAGUAAAAAAACUGCAAGUGCCUGCAUUGAGAAGUUAAUAAUCUAAAUUUAGACUCUUUUACUGCAUGUGUUGGAGGGGCGUGGAAAGAGGGGGAUUUGUAAGGGCCACAGCAGCCCCUCCCCUUCCAGCCCCUUAAGGGGGUGGAAGCUUGAAGUGGAGGGUGAAGAAACGAAAUAGAGCUUUAGAAAUGUGUCCUGGAUUGUUGUCUUUUAUGUCAUUUCGAUAAUGACGUGUGAUGAUUGAUUGAUUAAUAAUACAGCACCAUCGGUGCACAUGGCACCUUUAUACGGGAACCCAAACAAAAGGCAGUCCUCUGCUUUUAGAAACUUACAUCUAGAAUGUGGUUGGAGUGGGGAGAUGAGUUGCAAAGGUAACAGAAUAUGAUGGCAUAAAAAGGUGGCAAGAGGGAAUCUGCUUGAAAGUGGCUGAAGCAAACAAAACAUGCAUGCAGCUCAAUUCUGUGCAGGUUUACUUGUGAAAAUACCUGUUGGAAGUGCUUGUUUCUGAGUGUGUAUGGGAUCACUACAUAAGGCUGCUAGUCUUUCAUUCAUUCAAACGAAUGAGUGUGUUUAGCAGGAUAAAUGCCUCUCUUCAUUUGACAUUUCUGCUUGAUCAGAAGCAUUUAUUUUUUAUUUAAUUAAAAACAUUUAUUCAAAAGUUUCGAUACAGCAUUUACAUUGGAUAUAUCCCCUCCAUGUAUUUUGUUGUAAUGUUCAUGAAAUGAAGCACUUAGAAUAAUUCUUUUAAAGUGUUAAUUCUGUCAUGCAACAACAAGCUAUCACUCCGCUUUGGAACGCAUUUUUAAAAGAAAAACUUGAUUAGUUUUCAGAUACCUUUUAACUGAAUAACUUUCUAAAGAAAUGCCUGAAGUAGGCAUUAUAUUAUAGUUAUAUUAUAUUAUAGUUUGAAAUCUUGUUUAUUCUGUUAUAUUUUACUCCAAGAAGACACAUUUAGCCUAAAUAGAACCCCAUACGGCAGACAUGUAUGUACAAAACAUUCUUUUAGUGUGAUCCCAUUGAGAUACCAAUAAGAAAUUUUGCAGGUAGCUCUUAGAAAUAUUAAAUACAAUUUUUAAAAUUUUCAAUUUUGUAACUUAACUUUAAAAUUUAAAGUAAGCCUAUCAUGCGACAUAUCACAUUAAAGCCCAUGAAGUUUUGAAGAAAUUUUAAAGGUUUUUGUGUAGUCCCGCAAGGCCAAAAUUGCCAUCUUUUGAAAUUUCAAACCCUCAUAAUUCAAAAACAGGAUGAGAUUUAAAAAAAUAAAAUUAAACUUAGUUUUGAUCAUUCAACAAGUGUACAAAAUAUGACAAAAAUUGGAUGACAUGAGGGGGAAAAAUGCAUCACUUGAUAAGGAAUGACCCAAGGGCAAGACUUAGGGUGAUCACUUGCUGUAUGCUAUCCCUAGAGAAAAUAUGCCCAAGGUGCCUUAAUGUGGACUCAUUAUCUCUUAACACACUUUCAACACAGCCCCUUUUAUUUCUGUCUCAUGCUCAGAGUGGACACUCUCCCCCUACUUAAGUGUUUGCUUGUGAAUGGAGUAUGGAUCCUGAAACAGAAUAGGGAUGUGGCAUUGGACUUCAGAUGAAUGGACAGUAAAAGCUUAAGUAUAUGGCCCUGAUGUGAAGAGAGCCUGAAGAAAAGGAGAACAGGAUUUGUGACUUGGGGAGGUUGUAUGGGGUUCUAGUAGGACUAAGAUGGAAGACCAUAUUUGCAGUGGUUGAAGAUUGCUCUGCAAUUUGUUUUAAGGUUUUUUGUGCUAUGGUUGGUAUACUGUACUAAAUUAACAAACCAAAUGUUGUUCACAAUUUGUCUGCAGGUUGGAGAGGAGUGAAGUACUCUUGUGAAGUGGAGUCUUUAUUUUAUCAAUGUGUAGCCCUUCUAUUAAUGCUUGAAAUUUGAUUUGAACAAAUGGCAAUGGACCUACCCUGCUGAAUCUGAGCUGGUCUGGGGUGGGUCAGUGCCUGGACUACAUGGAAAGCCUCAACUUCAGCAUGGGAACAGGGCAGGAAUCAGAAAUCUAAAUGUAGUGGGACAGGAAGAGGAUGAGAACAUUUCAAUCUUAACUCCUCCCCUCUCAAAAUAAAAUAUCUGGUGGUAUCUUUGUACAUUGUCAAAGGCCAUGUAGCAAGUUGGAGUAUGUGGCAACUCUGAACCUUGGCAAGCUUUGUUGUCCUCCCAGGGUAUAUAUUUUGUGGAAUCACUUGUUAACUGUACUGUGAAAUCUGUUUACCAGGCAGGUUGAGGUAAAUUUAAUGUAAAUUGAGGUUCAAUUUUUACAUGCGAUUGGGGGAGUGAAGGUGGUGAGAAGAUUAUGAAGGGCAAAAUUACAAGAGCUAGCAUUGUGUUUAUAUACACAACAUAUGCCGUAUAUGCAUAGAGUGGAAUGAGAGAACUAGUGUCUGGUUGUGGAUCUGCUGUUAGUUAAACACACUUUGGCUAUAUGCCAACUGGUCUGUCCUGAAAUGGUGGGUCACAGUGGUGAGGAAAUCAUGUUAACAAGGACUUAAUGUAUCGUGUCUCUCUUUACAGAGUUGAGUGGGGUGUCAUUCAUGUGAAUGAAUCUCCCAAGUGGUAAGCUCCCCCCUCCCCGGGUGACAUGAUAGUCUAGUUGUAUCUUGCACAUGAUAGUAAGAGAUCCCCUGAUGCUAACUGGAACGGCUGGUGGCGAUCUUCUCUCCCCCCCACCCCCCGCUACCACCCCAGUAUCCUAAGGGGUCCAUAGCAGGAGAUAUAGGACUAUAGACCAGCCUUCCACUAUCUAGAUGCUUUGGCUCAUCUGGAUUUUGUUGGGGCUGAGUGAAGCUGUUGUUGUAAUAUAUUUUUUUAUAUCCCACCUUUUCCCCUGUAGCCCAAAACAUUUGGGGAAGGCUGGUAUAGUUUGUAUCGGAGUGUUCAAACUUAGCCAGGUACCAGGUAUGUUUUGCGACUGGCACAGGUCUAAUUGCAACCAGGUGGAAAUCUCUGGAUGGUGGCUGGGGAAAGCAAAAAGUCACUUAGAGAAGGAUCUGAAAUAUGUCAAUGAAGCUUCACUUUGUUCUAUUCUGGAUUGUUUUAUUUGAUGUUUUGAUGAGAUUUGUUCUUUAAAAUAUAAAGUGGUAUAGAAAUGAAAGGAAUGAUGAUGAUGAUAAUGAAGUCCACCGCAAAACAAAAACAAAUGUACAAAAAUGGCACCUAGCCAUUCCAUUGUGGCAACCAUAACCCAGGUUUAAGGUGCCAUUUGGUGGUAUCUAUCUAUCAAUCAGAAUUUAUUGUUGCAGUGCUACUAACUAAUCCUGGUGAUAUAUGAGCAGCUCUCUCCAAUGUGAACUGAUGAGGAUUGCUGUGGUGCUUGGUCUUCAGUACAUUAAUGGAAGUACUUGUUAAUAUACCACUCUGAAUACUGCUACUAUUAGAAUGGCAGUAGGGGGAAAACAACUGGGGUAUCAGUAAGAUCAGAAAAUUGGGCUGUCCUUAAAUUGAAAAAAAAAAAAUCAAAAUUGUGCACGCCACAUUUCUACCAGAGUUGACAUGGCAAGUCUUCUAAAAACAGCAGUAUAAUAUAAACAUAACACAGCAGAGCAAAACAGAUUAUCCAUGAAUACUAAUAAAAGCAUCAGUUGGAUAGCAGCCAACACACCAACCUGAAACAGAAAGAAGGCAAUAGGAAGUGUAGGGGGAUAGCAAACCAUUAAAACUGUUUUUAUGUCUGAAUGAGCAGCCAAGAUGGGUAACAUGGAGCCUCUGAUAUUGUUGUGUCCUGCAUUCAAUAUCCUGAACUUAGCCAGCCAUGCAAUCAUAGGAAUGCUGCCAGAAGUCCCAAGCACAGGGAUUGUGACUUGCCCACUACAGAGUUUGCAGCAAUUGUGCAACUCCACCACCCUGAUCAUAAUGUCUCUUACCCAGCAACAAGCUACUGUAUAGCACAAUAGAAGCACCAAUUACUGUGGUGCUAGUCAGUAACAAUUAGUCCACUUCCCUUCCUCUUCAAUAUGCCCAUUGAGGGUGUAGGAAGUGGGAGCAUCAACCUCAUCUGUGACGUUAGCACCAGUAAUGUGAGCAACCUGUGCCACUCCACAUGCUUGACUCCAAACUCCCAUCAGUCCCAGCCGGUAUGUGACCAUUGGUCAGGGAUAAUGUGAGUUAUAGUUCAGCAACAUGUGGAGGAUCACGUAUUCCCCAUCCCUGCUCUAGGCCAAUACUCUGAAUUGUUGCAAUACAAACUAUAAAGUCUGAGUUCAAAUGGAAACCCUGGUAGAUGCUGCCAAUUCUUCUUUAUCUUUAACUCUUGUUGUAUGCUGAUUUCUUCCAUACCAGUAGAAAGCUAUGUUCCCCAGAGGCUCCUGAAGGACAGCCCUUCCAUCUGGGAUAACUCUUCUCUCUCACUGGUAGGCCAGUGAGAGGGAAGAGUCAUCCCAGAUGGAAGGGCUGUCCUUCAGGAGUCUCUGGGAAUAGAAAUUCACGGUAAAAUUUUCCUUUCAUUUCUGGUUAUUGGUGCCCUUUAAAAUAAGCUUUUUUAAAAAUGGAAAAUCCGUGUUCAUAAUCAAUUUUCAGAGGUAGUCCCCGUCACACAGUGGCAUGAAUAUGCGGGGCCUUCCUAACGUAUUUUACACUGCUGUAGAAACUGCUUUUCUGUGGGUUCAUUCCACAGCACAGCUGUAAUACUUGAAGGCUUGGAAUUGCAUGGCCAUUGGCCAAGGCUGAUUGCAGGAGUCUUUCCCACACAUGUCCGUGCAACUUUAUAGAUCAGUGGUUUUGGGGCCACCACCCUCUUGGUUCCAUAAACUCAGUGUUCCCUACCAUAUAAACAGCAUUAUUCAGAAUAGCAGUGUGCAUGACCCCUAAGGAAGAUGAAAACACAAUAAAAUUCAACGCAGUAACAAUUAAUUGCACAUUUAUUCGAAAUCCAGUUAGAACUAGUUUAAUUAAUUCAACAAAAUUUGUCAUCUUGAUCCAGUGCUACCAGCUUUUAAAAGUCUGAGAGUCAUUUCUUAGCUAUCACAUUUAGUAACUCUUUCACUGUUCCAUAAAUUCUGAAUGCAAUGGAUGGGCUUGAUGAAGUUAGACCAGUUUCCCACUCUCUGGUCUAAAGUCACAUACUAGGAGUCUUCUUAAAUCACUACAUUUAGUAAUCUGGAAGUCCAUUUCUUUGCUUGGGGAGAAGUUGGACAACAGCACUAAACUGUGUUCCAUCAAGGUUCAUGUUGGAAAUUCAGCAAGGAGUUUAACCUCUGUCUAUAGCGUAGAGAGCAAUCAGAAAUUUCCUUUUGUAACCAAAACUUGUAUGAUUUCUUAAACUUUGGCUUCAGCUCAGUCAUUUUGUAGCUCAGGUAGUUCUUUCUCCACUACCACAACUUCUUCAAUAUAUCUGAAAAUGGAUUUCUAAUACGGAAUUUCUAUCAAAGGAAGAUCCCCCAAAUCACUUAGACAUAUCUUACACAGCAUAUCCAAAUGGUGACAAAAAGCUUGUAAACAUAUUGCUCUGCUUUCCUUUGAACCACAUCAGUGAGGCCAGGGGGGGGGGGUCUUGUUGUUUGGGCAGCCCAGGACCUGCAUACAUACUGCCCAGGCUUGCAUCCCAGAGAGGUCACUUCAGUGCUUACAGCAGUUUGACUUCACCCCCAGAGGCGCACUCCAUUGUCUGUCAACAACAUCCCACUUUUCUCUUCUAGCUCAGACAGGUUUGGAAAUUGGUACAGCGUGCAACACCUUACAUUGCACUUGAAUAGAGUUAACUCUGAAGUAAAAUAGAGAGAUGACAGAUUUGGCCUCAGUUACCUCCAGCACUCCCCUGACACCCCCUUGCCUCUUACUGCCCCCCAGGUAAUUCCAUGUCCUACUAGGAAUGGUACUGCUCUAGAGGUUGCAGCUGUUCUGUGGAAUGAAUCUCUAUGGAGGCAUUGCCCAUGGAAAGGCCUAUAAAGAACCCUUGCUAACAACUGGCUUACAAGUAUGGCUUAUGCAAUACCUCUUGUAGUCUCCAGUGUUAGUUAUUUAACUUCACAGUGUUUUUACUCUUCUUUGGCAUCCAAAGCAUUUUAUUCAAAGUAGACCUGAAAUUAAUGGCACUGACUUCAUGUUCAUUAAUUUUAUUGGGUCUAUUCUGAGUAAAGCUCAGAUACCACCCAGUAUCACUGCCAAUGUGCAUGGUUUGGCAUCCAAGACUCUCCUGGGCCUCAGCCACCUCACAUCAUUGAAUGAGUCUCUGGACCUCUGCUGCCCAGUUUGGGAAGGGGUGGGUCAUACAUCGUUGAACAGAAAGGUCUUUACAAUAAGUGGGCAAGAGAGGGGUUUGACAGAUAUCACUAGGGAGGGAGUUAUGCAUCUGUACUGCCCCCAGUAAAGGCCCUUUCCCUAUUAUCUGCCAGUCAGAUCUUAAACUCCAAAGCUGAUCUUGGGGCUCAGGUAGGUUUCCUCAUACAAUUUGUUCCUCUAAAAUUUUCAUACCAGCACUUUAAAUUGAGUGGCCUACCCAGACCAUACCUCUCACCGGCCCUUGCUCUGUGUCUUUGAGUGCUUUUGCCUGGCUGAAAUGUGUCUUUGAACUGUAAUGACGCCUCUUGCUUAUCUGGAUGGAGAAAUGAGGGUAGGUGUAGAAACCUCUGACUUUUGCUUGCCUGGAAUAUAGCAUAAUGAAUAAAGCAGAGGAGAUUGGGAGCCAUAUGUGGUUGGACUCCCAACUCCCAUCAGCCCAGCCAGGGAUAAUGGGAGUUGUAGAUCAGCAAGCAGGACCAUCAGUUGCCCAUCCCUGGUAUAAAGGGAAGAGCCAUGUCUAUUGUUCUGCCCACACCUGCUUUUGUGCCCUGCCCACCAUUCAUAUGCAGCAGCCUUCCAGAAGGUUAUGCAUGAGAGAAUGUGGCCUUGGGGCUGAAAUAGGUCUCCCACCCCUGCUGAUAGGAGGGGGUAUGAUAGAGAGAAGAGAAUCUGAGCCUUGGCUGCAGAGUGGAGUAUGUUUCUAUGUCUGCUUAGGAGAGUUGUCAUACAUCAUGUAGGAUGUUCUCUGGAGUGCCAUGCUCAGUCAGCUCCUGAUGUUUAGAAGAUUGGGGUGGGGGUAUUGGAAAAGGUUCACUGGCUCCUUCAAUGGUUUUGGGCUCAAGUCAAGACUGUUGGCAUUAACUUACAAAAGCCCCACAGCUCAGGACCAGAAUGUCUUGAGAGCCACCUAGUCCCACAUGAACCUUCCUCCCUUUGGUCAGGGGUGACCCUUUGGAAAUCCCUACCUACUGUGGUCAAGGGUGUGGUGACUGUUUUUCAAUGCUUCUGAGGUUUAGGUCCUCAGAAUUCGCUAGUGCCAGGUAAUAAUAGUGCUACUUGCACAUCUGCCCACAAUUGUAGUGUUCUUAGUUCUGCCUACUCGUUGUGUUGCUUUGAUGUCUAGUACAGUGGUCUCCUGCCAACCUAGCAGUUCGAAAGCAUGUCAAAGUGCAAGUAGAUAAAUAGGUACCGCUCCGGCAGGAAGGUAAACGGCGCUGCUCUAGUUCACCAGAAGCAGCUUAGUCAUGCUGGCCACAUGACCUGGAAGCUGUACCCUGGCUCCCUCGGCCAAUAAAGCGAGAUGAGCACCGCAACCCCAGAGUCAUCCGCGACUGGACCUAAUGGUCAGGAGUCCCUUUACCUUUUUACAGUGCUUGGGGUGGUAGACUAGGACUUGAAAUAUCAGUGUUUGAAUCCCCAUUCAGUCAUGAUGCUUACUGGGUGAUUUUGACCUGGCCAGUCACCGUCUUUCAUCUCACCAGAUCAAGGCUACCUCACAGGGUUGUUGUGAGGGUAAAAUGUGGAGUGGGAGAGCCAUAUACAAUGAUGCCUUUACCUCCUUUGUGGAAAGAUGGAUAAUAAAUUAUAAAUGAUGCAAUAAUAAGUAAUUUUUACAUCCCUGCUGCUAAAACAUUUAUGGUGAUGAUGUAUUUAAUAUUUGUAUUUUUUUAAGUAUUGCAAUUUUGUGAGCCACCUUAGAAAUAAUCUGUUGACAAGGUAAAGUAGAAAUGUACAAAAUAAAACAUAGCAACACCAAGGUUGAUCGUGAUUCUCCUACUAUUCGUUGACAAAGAAAGGAAGAAGUCCCCCUAUGUAGGAGUUUGUCCCUGAGCACAGCAGUGCCACAUGCAGAGCCUGCAGGCGCCCAAGCCACCAUGUCACUCCCAGGAGAGACAUGGGCUCGGGUGUGGUAAGUGCCGCCCAGUCCCACCCACCCACCCUCCAGCUAUGCCUCUGCCUCAGCAUUUCCCUAGUUCCUUUAGUGCUGCUCUUUCUCAAAAUGCUCCUCCUUCCUUGCUUGUCUGUAAACAGCCAGCAUCAUGCAGUUUUCCUGGUUGUGUCAAGCAGUGCAAUAACCACAGCCAUCCCUGCCAGUUUUCUGCAUGUUAGGGGAACAUGGAGCAUUGUCCUGUUGAUAAGCAUGCUUCUAAACAUGGGCCUCCUAGAACUGUGUUUGCUUGGAGGCCAGUUUCAAUUUGUGUUGUUAGUUAAUACACAGUUCUCUGCACUCCCUCUUUAGUUUUCGAAUGUGAAAAUGCCUGGCCAUAAAGAAGCUGUUCGCAUAGCUUUAUUGAGCCAUUUAUGUGAAAGGACAUGUACAUGGAGCUACAUCUGUACUUUCACCCCCUCUUUUUUUUUUUUUUACAGCCGAGACAAAUACACCAGAUCCCUCAUGACAGCCUUCUGCAACCUGGUGCCCUUCAGAUAUUUUGAACUGCAACUCCUAUCAGGCAGGGUCCGAAAUUAGUCAGGCGCCAGGCGCAUUUUGCGACUGGCAAUCAGCCUUUUCAACUGGAUGGAGAUGUCCAGGAGAUACCCUUGGUACAUAGCAUCUCCACCUGCUUGGCUGCGUCUUUUACUACCCCGUCCAGCACUUGAUUUGCCCUGCAGCAAAAGAUGUGUCCUUUUUUUUUGCUGCCGCGUGAAUCAGGUGUUUGGUGGGGUAGAGCGGCAGCAAAAGAUACCCUGCAGACCCCGAUUCACCUGGCAGCAUUAAAAAAUAAAUAAAUCUAUAUUUUGCUGUGAGGCUGCCUGGACUGGUAACAGGGCAGCAACACACAAACCUAGACAUUUUGUUUUGGCGCCCACAACCUAGGUCCCAGGAGCCACAUGGCUCUUAGCAGUCCUAUCCCAGUUUCUAACACUGCCAUCAGGCCUAACCAGUAGAACCCUAUGAAGCCCAGGAGAGCACCAGGUUGGCAAAGGCUUCCUUGUUGUAUAGCUGCAAGAAGAGAAUGUGUAUCACAGGAGUGGGGUGUUUUUGGUUGCAGGGAAACUUUUGUUCAAGCUGACAAAAUCCCAACAAGGGCGUAAGAAAUGAAGGUAACUUGUUAACAUAUUCAGAACCUAAUUGCUUAGUGAAUUAGAGUUUGCUAGCCCUCCCAGUUUUCACAGCAGUUGCAACGUGCAAAUUUGCUACUUCUUGCUCUCCAGUUCUCUCUGCUGUUGCCCAGGUUCUGAGAGGCUAUUAAACUAUCAACUACUAAUUGGAAAAGUGAUGAGCAACAGCAGAAGCAUUUGUUAUCUUGAGAGCAAGGGUGUUUAAAGCACAGCAUCCUAGACAGACCCUGCAUAGCUUCUUGACCUCAGCUGGUUCCCUUUUGAUGACAAUAUAGAAUGGUUAAGUCAGAAUUCUCAAGAUUCUGAGCAUUCAAAAUAGAUAAAAAUAAAUAGCAAGCUUCCAGGUCACAUGAUUAUUGCUAAAACUUGGAAAUGUGUGUACAAAUGCUAUUAAAUGGCAAAGCAGUGAAGUGUGCAUCUGUGUUUUUCAAACAUGAAAGCCCUUCCUGCAACCCACAUUCAUAUGUUUAUUUUGUUAUUUUUACACUGGCAAGGCAAACAGGUAGGAAGAUGAUAAGUAUAGUCUAAGGCUAUCCCAGUAUAAACAAUGCAUCUUAAAAUAUGAACUGUUUAUACUAAAAAGCUUCACACUACAUCUUAGGGUGCUCAGGAUCAGCUGUCGUCAUUUCAUAUUCUUUGAGACAUUUCACAAUGAAAUAGUGAUUUCCAGUGCUUCAUUCAGAAGCUCCUUGUUUGGAAAAUGACAUGGGAUUUUAAAAAAGCCACCACACCCAAUUGUCCUCUUAUAAUAUUUAUUACAUCUUGGAGCCUUCAGGAAAUGUCACAAAAUGAAAUUGUGUAGGUAAACCAAUGAUAUAUCUAUUGAGACGCAUUGUGUAGAAUGUUGAUAUAAUUUUUUUUACAGAUGAUUUUUUUAUGUACUUAAAAAAAUCAUUUUAAAAUAAAGAGAAAUACAAGCAUCUUUUUUGGGCUUCGUUCAUGCCCAGAAUUAUGCAUCGGGAAACCAAAGAUUACAAUGGCAUAGAAAAUUACGGACCUGGAAAUUAAUUACAGUAUUUAAAAAUCAAAACUACAUCUUCCACACCAUUUUCUUGAGAAAGAAAACAACUAGCUGCAAGGUAUUUCAGUUUUUCCAACAGAACAGGUGUACUAAUGCUCAUUCUCACAGAAUGUGGUGAUCUCAUUUACAAUAACACAGCAAUUACCGGUAAAUGCUAAAUGAACUAUGAUACUAUAUAGGAUAAGAGAACAUUCUAGUUCCUGGGCACCAUCCAGCUAAAGUUAAGUACUUUUUGGUUGUGCUGUUUUCAAUGGGCAAGAGUCAAGGACAUGCUUAUGGCUGUAAUCCUUAUCACAGGAUUUCUUGAGAGUAAAUUCUAUUUAAUAAACAGGAAAUUACUUCAGAGAAAAUAUGUACUGAAAACAUGUACUGAAUCAGGCUGAAAUGCUCCCAUUGAAAUCAAUGAGAUUUACGUAUCUACUCCUCACCAUAAAGCCCCCUUUGCCAAGCCACUAACAAACAGUGAAUAAGAAAAAUACUAAAAGGCAAGAAACUGUCUAUUCUAUUAUAUCAAAAUUCUUGAAAGAGAGACACAAUCCUAACCAUUUCUACACAGAAAUAGUUCCUACUGAAUUCAAAAGGGCUUAAAGGUAAAGGGACCCCUGACCACUAGGUCCAGUCGUGGCCGACUCUGGGGUUGCGGCGCUCAUCUCGCUUUAUUGGCCGAGGGAGCCGGCGUACAGCUUCUGGGUCAUGUGGCCAGCAUGACUAAGCCGCUUCUGGCAAACCAGAGCAGUGCACAAAAAUGCCAUUUACCUACCUGCUGGAGUGGUACCUAUUUAUCUACUUGCACUUUGACGUGCUUUCGAACUGCUAGGUGGGCAGGAGCAGGGACCGAGCAACAGGAGCUCACCCCGUCGACCUUCAGCAAGUUCUAGGCUCUGUGUUUUAACCCACACAGGCAAAUGGGAUUGCAACCUAAUUUGUUACUUUUGAGCAGUAUCACUCCAGUAGUACCAAUCCAUCCCUCGCCUAUUCAUCAGAAACCUAAAGCAAAGCUGAAACCUGUAUUAAAAACAGGCAAAGGCUUAAAAACAGGCUGCUCUGGAGGGGAGGUGGGGCUGAAAAAGUAGCUGCUACAGCCUUCCAAAUGGCAUUGUUUCUGGGAUGGUGAAAGAGGAGCUUACUUGUUUACUUAUGCAAAAGGCUUGAUGAGGAGUAACAAGGGAAUGCCAGAAGCUCAAUAACUGCUAACAGCUUUUCAGCUUUUGUGAGUGGUGGAGAUUUCAAGUUGCAUUUCCUGCGACCAGAAAUCUCCACUUGGUUGCUAGGGGGCGCUGCUGGCGCCCGGUUAGUUUCAAAAGCUUGUGAAAUAUAGAGUUUUAAAACACAGCAUGACUUCCUGUGAGGGUAGAUGCCAAACACUGGAUUUCCACAGACUUUCCUGCAACUUACGGAGGGGAAGAAAUGAAUUAUUUAGUUAUUGGGAAGUUCUUCUGACAGUUGGUGUUUGCAUUGUUCAUUAUUCUAAUAUUUCUGUUUUUAUUUCUGCCAGGCCCUCCCUGCCGUUUUCCCAUGUCUCAAUGGACUCCUAAAUGUAAUACAGUCUAUACCCUCGAAGCGGAUAUGAAGAGUGACGUUUCUUCUGGUGCACCAAAGAGCCAGGAGAGCCUGAAAGGGAUCCUUUUGAACCCUCCUCAGCCCAUUGAGGCAGCCAAAAGCUUCCCUGAAGAAGUUGAGAUGAUUGCCAACAAAGUUGGGGAUGAAUUCUCUCACCUUUGUGGUGACUCUCAGAAGCAGAAGGACCUCAACGGAAAUCGCCCGGAGCAAGAAACCAUAGUCAUGCGCAAGAAGCGUAAAAACCAGCAGGCUGGUCCUUCCUAUGCUCAGAACUGUGGCGGAAAAGAGAACCCCCGGGUUUUAGGGUUAAGGCAGCGCCUCGAUACGCAAAGCGAAGACAAUGACUCAUCUUUUAGUGACUGUGUCUCUUCACCUUCAUCUAGUUUGCAUUUUGGAGACUCUGACACGGUAACGUCUGAGGAGGAGGACAAGGAGGCGGCCCCCGUGAGGCAUGCUCGGCCGGUGUUGAAUGCUUCAAGCAGAACUCAUGGUACUCGGCCCCAAAAGUGGCCCCGGACAGAGACAGAGUCUGUUCCAGGGCUCUUGAUGAAAAGGCCCUGUUUCCAUAGCAGCAGUACUCUGAGGAGGCUCCCUUAUAGGAAGCGGUUUGUGAAAACCAGCUCCUCCCAGCGGACGCAAAACCAAAAAGAGCGGAUUUUAAUGCAGCGGAAGAAAAGGGAGGUAUUGGCUCGGCGGAAGUAUGCUCUGCUGCCCAGCUCCAGCAGUUCUAGUGAGAAUGACAUCAGUAGUGAUUCCUCUUCUAGCUCAUCCACUGAAGGAGAGGAAGAUAUCUUUGUGUCGACUGGCGAUAACCACCCAAACAGUACUGCUGUUCCUUCAGGUAAAACCACCUUGCUGUCAAAUAACUGUGUUCUGCUGCUUCUCUUCAUAGAGUUUUUCAAAUAGUUUAUCUGCAGCUCUGGUCGCUUAGCUGGAGGGCCCAUAGCUAAGACAUAGUGCACAUGCACUUUGUGAGUGGAGGAUUCUCAGUUCAGGCUGCAGGGAUUUCAGCUAAAGGCUCUCAGGGCUGUGGGGCAAGAGACUUUGGAGAGCCACUGCUGGUCAGGGAGGCAAUGUUGGCCAGAUGGACCAGAACUCUGAUUCAGUAGAAGGUGGUUCAUAUGUUUCUAUGUGGGAUCCGGCCAUGCAUUUAUUGGGGUGCUGGGAUUUUGGAGAUGAUUGGAGAGGAGGCUGCAGCCCAGAUUCUUGAGUUCUUUUUCCACGGCUGGGCAAAGUGACUCAGUCUUGGGAGGGAAUUUCAGCCAAAGGCUUCUAUGAGAAGGGAGUGCGAGUUGGUGUGCCAAAUUUUUAGUUGCCCAAAGUGGCCUGCCAACAAGUCCCAUUACUACAGCAGUCAACCUCCCACUACACACACACACACACACACACACACACACACACAAAAACCCAUCUCAGAAGGGUGAGCGUCAUUUCCCUUAAUCUAUAGGGUCUUUCAACAGUUAUGUACCUCUUGUAGAACAUCUCUUGCAUGUACCAUGAAUUAGGUAUGAGAGAUCCUGGAUUAUAUCUGGCCAUGCAGAAGCCCAGGCAAAGAGACACACUUCUAACAGUCUUGUUUCAAACUUCUGAUAACCUUAGAAGUGUCACAUAGUCAGCAUAGACAGAAUGUCACAGGGUUGCAAGUAGCCAAAAGAACAUAAUCUCCUGUGUCCAUCCCUGAUCUCCAGUAUAAUCAGAACCACAAUGGCCUGGUUCACACAACUUGCUAAGCCCAUGCAGUAUUGUUUCUAAAAAUUCAGCAUAGGUUACUCUUGUGACUGCCCACUUUCUACUAGCCUUUGCUGUACUAUAGUCUGUAGAAACAUUCCAUGAAUGAGAGUAAAAUGAGCCCAUGAUGUAUGGAUGUAAUACACCAAUUUUCCAUUAACUUUGUUUAGGGACGCAUGUGGCACUGUGGUCUAGACCACUGAGCCUCUUGGGCUUGCCGAUUGUAAAGUCGGCGGUUCGAAUCCACACAACAGGGUGAGCUCCUGCCCCAGCUCCUGCCGACCUAGCAGUUCUAAAGCAUACCAGUGCGAGUAAAUAAAUAGGUACCGCUGCAACGGGAAAUAGAUGUCUGGACAAACACUGGCCCCCUCAGCCUGAAAGCAGAGAUGAGUGCCGUACCCCAUAGUCAAAUUCAACUGGACUUAACCAUCCAGGAGUCCUUUACCUUUGCCUUUUACCUAACUUUGUUGAAGUAGGCUGGCCCAUACUAGCAUAUACAUUGGCCAUUUCAGCAAUAUUUGUUCCCUACUUCAUCAGUGUUCUGAAGUCCCCUUAUUUCAACUUUUCAGUGGCUCUGUCUCGAAACUGGUGUACCACUCACAUCUUUAUGAAUAGGAGUAUUAAUCAAAACCAUCAUUUUAAUUUUAAAGUAUGUUUCUUGUUGCUAUUUAUUUAUUAUUUUUAUUUAACAAAAUUUAUAUACCAUUUGAUUGUAACAUAACUUCUAAGUAGUUUAUAAGAAAAAGUAAAAUACUUACAAGUUCAGAAUGAAUAUUGUGUGGCACCUGUAACAGUACCAGUUCACCUGUGGUUUUGAAAGUGUGUGAACACUGCCCGCAAAAGACUCCUGAGUUGAUGGGGUAGAGGUUCUGCCCCUUCCAUAAGACUUUGCUCCAUGAGUUGUUGUGUUCUACCUGCACACUCCUGUUGCCUUCGUUUAGGUGUCUCUCUUUGCCUCUUGCCGACAAAGAUGUGAAACAGCUCCACGUGACUAGAACAAAAGUUGAUGCAUGUAUCUAGUGAGCCCAUUUGUUUUUGAUAUUUCUCAUCUUUGGGUGGACAAUCAUUGUAAAUAUGCUUUUUCAUAUCAGCAGGAAGAUCCCAUGGAGGUUUUCUGUAAAAUCUGAAUAAUAGGAUAUGAAUUCAAUGCACACACCAAAGAAUUCAUAGUAUCUUAGAUCUCUUUGUAUUGUACCUAAACUUUUGUGGAAUAGAGUCUGCUUCAUCAGAUGCACAAAGGUUUACUUUCAUUUGGCAGGUAUGUGCAGUGCUUUUCCCCCUGGGGAUACCCAAGGGUAUACAGUACCAGUGCCUCCCCACCCCAAGGUUAAAAGUGUGGCACUUACUGUAACAACUCAUGGUGAGUACCAGCACAUUUUUUUCUAAUCAAAAAAGCAUUGCGUACGUGUAUAUAUCUCUCUGCUCCUGUAUAUAGCUGUCCACUGAGGAUAACUCUUGAUGCACCUGAUGAAAUGGACUCUAGUCCAUUAAAACUUCAUUUUAUUUUAUUUUUUUAAAUAAUAUUUAUUAUUUUUCCAGAAACUUAAACACUAAAAAAAAGACAAUGCAAAACAUUAAAUUAACAAAACAAAACAAAAACAAUAAAAUAAAUCAAACAGUUUCAUUAUCCCAUCUUUCACUCACUUAUUUCCGCGACCUCCUCACACCUCCCUCUUUGUAUUCCACUUCUGAUAAUUAUUUCAGCAAUUCCUUUCCAUCUUCCUCUGCUUUCUAUCCUUUAAUUAUCUUAACAAAUUCUAACCUUAUUUUUUCCUUUAAUGCUCUAUUAACCUAUCUAUACUUAAUUCCUUAUAACAUUUCUACUAAAGCCAUAUAACUUCAUUCCAACAUUUUUCUAACAUUCAUUAAUUUUACAAUAUUUCUGUAAAUAGUCUUUAAAUUUUUUCCAAUCUUCUUCCACCGACUCUUCUCCCUGGUCUCGGAUUCUGCCAGUUAUUUCCGCCAGUUCCAUAUAGUCCAUCAACUUCAUCUGCCAUUCUUCCAGAGUGGGUAAAUAUUGUGUCUUCCAAUACUUCGCGAUGAGUAUUCUUGCUGCUGUUGUUGCAUACAUAAAAAAGGUUCUAUCCUUCUUUGGCACCAAUUGGCCGACCAUGCCCAGGAGAAAGGCCUCUGGUUUCUUCAGGAAGGUAUAUUUAAAUACCUUUUUCAUUUCAUUAUAAAUCAUCUCCCAGAAUGUCUUAAUCCUUGGGCAUGUCCACCAAAGGUGAAAGAAUGUACCUUCAGUCUCAUUACAUUUCCAACAUUUAUUGUCGGGCAAAUGGUAAAUUUUUGCAAGCUUAACUGGUGUCAUGUACCACCUGUAAAUCAUUUUCAUUAAGUUUUCUCUUAGGGCAUUACAUGCCGUAAAUUUCAUACCUGUGGUCCAUAACUGUUCCCAGUCAGCCAUCAUUAUGUUAUGUCCAACAUCUUGUGCCCAUUUAAUCAUAGCUGACUUCACCGUUUCAUCCUGAGUGUUCCAUUUCAACAGCAAGUUGUACAUUUUGGACAAAUUCUUAUUUUUUGAAUCUAACAAUUCUGUUUCCAAUUUUGAUUUUUCCACCUGAAAGCCAACUUUUUUGUCUAGAUUAUAUGCCUCCAUUAUCUGAUAACAAUGGAGCCAAUCUCGCACUCUAUUUUUCAAUUUUUCAAAGCUCUGCAAUUUUAAUCUGUCUCCAUCUUGUUCCAAAAUUUCCCAAUAUUUCGACCAUUUGGCCUCCAUAUUGAUUUUUUUCUGUGCCUUCGCUUCCAUUGGUGACAACCAUCUUGGGGUUUUCUUUUCUAAGAAAUCUUUAUAUCUUAUCCAAACAUUAAACAAUGCUUUUCUGACAAUAUGAUUUUUAAACGCUUUAUGUACUUUGACCUUAUCGUACCACAAAUAUGCAUGCCAACCAAAUACAUUAUUGAAACCUUCUAAAUCCAACACGUCAGUGUUUUCCAGAAGUAGCCAUUCUCUCAGCCAGCAAAAAGCCGCUGAUUCAUAAUAAAGUUUUAAGUCUGGCAGGGCAAAUCCACCUCUUUCUUUAGCAUCGGUUAAUAUCUUAAAUUUUAUUCGAGGCUUCUUGCCCUGCCAAACAAAUCUGGAAAUAUCUUUCUGCCACUUCUUGAAACAGUCCAUCUUAUCCAAGAUUUGUAAUGUUUGAAACAAAAACAACAUCCUUGGCAGCACAUUCAUUUUUAUCACAGCAAUUCGGCCUAACAAUGAUAACUUCAAAUUUGACCAUAUUUCUAAAUCCUUUUUGACUUCAAUCCAACAUUUUUCAUAAUUGUCCUUAAAUAAAUUCACAUUUUUAGCAGUCAUGUUAACCCCUAAAUAUUUCACUUUCUUAACCAGUGUUAGUCCUGUCUCUUCCUGAAACUUCUCUCUCUCAUUCACAGUUAAAUUUUUCUCUAAAACCUUAGUUUUUGUCUUAUUCAACUUAAAACCUGCUACUUGUCCAAAUUCUUGAAUCAGUUCCAAUACCUUUUUGUACUGGAUUCUGGCUCCUGUAAGGUCAAUACUAAGUCAUCAGCAAAUGCUUUCAGUUUAUACUGUUUAGCUCCCACUUGUAUACCUUUAACCUCUUGGUCCUUUCUUAUCAUGUUUAACAAAACCUCAAGGACCGAAAUAAAAGCAGUGGAGAAAUUGGGCAACCUUGUCGUGUCCCUUUCUCAAUCUUAAACUCUUCUGUCACUACAUUAUUCACAAUUAAUUUUGCCUUUUGUUCUGAAUAAAUUGCACCUAUACCGUUUUCAAAACCUUGACCUACCCCCAUCCCCUGUAGAUUCUUCUUCAUAAAGUUCCAGGAGAUGUUGUCAAAGGCUUUCUCCGCGUCCACAAAUAUCAAGACAGCCUUAGUAUUAAUAUUCACUUGAAGUUUUUCUGGAAUAUUAAUUAUAUUCCUCAUAUUGUCAGACAAAUGUCUGCCCAGGAGAAAGCCUGCUUGGUCUUUAUUAAUUUCUUCUACUAACACCAUUUUUAAUCUUUUAGCCAAAAUAUCUGCAAAAAUUUUUAUAAUCCACAUUUAGCAACGAUAUGGGGCGGUAGUUCUUGAGCUGUGUCUUUUCAGUCUCUGUUUUCGGUAUAAGUGUAAUGUAAGCUUCCUUCCAUGACAGUGGUGCCUUUUUCCCUUCCAAUAUUUCAUUACAGACUUCCUUCAGUGGUUGUAUUAACCAUUCUUUCAAAGAUCUGUAAUAUCUUGAAGUCAAACCAUCUGGUCCUGGAGAUUUACCUAGUUGCAUGUUCUGAAUAGCCCCUUCCACCUCCUGGUCCGUUACAUUAAAACUUCAUUUUAACAGUAGAUCUGUUGGUCUUUAAGAUGCAAGAAGUUGUUACUAUGAAACAGAGACAUGAAAACUGUAUGAAUCAGCAAUUGGGAUGCAGACAUUAACUCUCCCACUCAUGGCUGGUGUUCCCUCUUUCAAAACUCACAGUGGUAACCCAUCCACAAGGGACCACAAAUGACCAAACUCUUUCAUGGGAGUAAUUUCUGUACAGUAUAGGCUUUUCAGCCAGUCUUGGCUUAAGAGCACAAAGAGAGACUGCUAGGUCAGACUUUUGACUCCAUUGGCGUUGAAAGUGUCCACCUUCCUCCCUGGUUCCCUACAACUAUUUAAAAAUUUUUUGUUGUUGCUGGUCUUAAUGUUUUUAGCAGUGUGAUCCUCAAAUUCUUUUUCAGCAUCCUAUAUUGUCUGCUUGCAUUUAUUUUUCCAAAGUUUGUGUUCCUUUUUGUUCGCCUCGUUUGGACAAGACUUCCAUUUUCUAAAGGAAGCCCUCAUGUCUCUAAUAGUUUCUUUGCUUGUUAAGGACACUAGCAUCCUCUAGGCUUUGGUGGUGCCUUUCUUUAUCUGUUUUUCUUUUCUUUCUUUUUUAAUUUUUAAAAUGCUUUUCUUAGGUUAUUAUACCAACACCAACACAGAUGUCACUCACAAGACAAACUUACAAAAAGAUACAACUACACACACACAACAAAUAAUGCACAUACAUCCCUAUUUCAGUUCUUAUUCAUUUGUAUUUGACUUCCUUCCCCCUCAACGCAGGUCCGUUUCUAUACUUAAUAAACUGUUUCUUUCUCAAUUCCACCUCUGUUUUUCCUCUAUAUCUUAUAUUUACACACACACACACACACACACACACACGUGUGUGUGUGUGUGUGUGUGUGUGUGUGUACACCUUUCUUUAUCUGGUGUAUGUUCCAGCUGAGCUUCUCAUGUUGUGAUUCUAAACAACUCCCAAUCUUUUUUGGAGAGUUUUGAUCCUCUUGAGUUUGCUGAAAAGGAAGCUGAAAAGCAGUUACCUCUUUUGAAGUCAAAUGUGAUUGUUUUGUUUUUGUUUGGAAAUUGUUCCAUUUACAUAUAUAUUGAAUUGGAUAGCACUAUAGCCACAGUUUCCAGUCAGUUCAAUAACAUUUGUAUCUAACACCUCUACAUUGCUUAAGAUUGAAUCCAGAGUUCCUGCUGCCCCUCCGGUUGGUUCCAUGAUUGUUGUUCUAGAGGGCAGGCAUUUAGAAAUGGUACUUUUUUGUCAUGACUGCAACGCACUUGCACUCAGUCUAUGUGAGGGUAGUAAAAGGCACCUUACUAUAGCGUUUCAUCUUUUGGAUGCCUCAGCAUAAGAAGAGUUCUCUGCUUGAUCAGUUCAGAGGCAUAGGCGGGCAUAUUGUUUCCUCUGGGACCCAACCAAAUGGCCUAAUGGGAAGCCCAACGUUUCUUUGUGACAGAUAUUGGUAUGGUGUGUCUGAUCCUGGAGGUAAUACACAAUUCUCAUGACUAGCAGCCACUGAAAUUGUCUGAUCCCCUUUAAAGCUAUCUAUGUUGCUACAUCUUGAGAUAGCAAAUUCCAUAUCUUAACUAUGUGUUGUGUGUAUUGCUGACCAUUCAUUUGCACUGUAUGGCUUCUCUCUUUGUACAUGCAGAAAUUAGACAGUCGUAGGACCUGACUUCACUUGCAAGACAAAGCUUUAUUUUACGUGUUCAGUGACUCUUGAGUUUAAACUGAAAUACGACACAAUCCAGGAAAGUCUGUAAAAGCCUACUGUGUUGGGGCAUGCUUAGGAAUUAGAAAUGUUUUUCAGGGCAUGCUUAGUCACAGCUUUGAAAAUAAAAUACAGUUUCCGAGGUUACAAAUUCAUUCUCAAUUAUCUGCUUUCCAUUGAAACUGUAUGGCAGGGAAUGUGCAGCCAUUCAGAUAUUUCUAGACUUCCAACUCCUGACCAUUGACCAUGAUGUUAAUGACCGCUGACCAUGCUACCAGCUUUGCCUUCACUGUCAGAGGCAUAAUGCCUCUAAAUACCACUUGCUGGAAAUUGCAGGUCAACAAGAUGCUGUUGUGCUCCUGCUCUUGCUCAUUUGGCUCAUCUGGUUGGCUACUGUGAGUACAGGAAGCUGUACUAGAUGUGCCUUUGGCUUGGUCAAGCAGGGAUCAUCUUAUCUUCUUAUGUCUGGAUCCAGUGAGAAAGUCCAGCAUCAUCUGAAGGGCUGCAGAUUCCCUGUGUAUGAAGGCACAUGAGGCAAGCAUUUUGCUGACACUGAGUCAGUUGGUGCCUGGAUGAGAGGUUGUGCUCCAAUCUCCCAUGUGUCUUUCCUUGAACUUCACAGAAAAGCGGGAUAUAAAUUAAACAAUGCUGAGUUACUCUGAUCUGAGAACAACAAUUUGGUAGCUCUAAUCUGCUCCUGACCCAUCAAAUAGCUCCUGGUCUAUUUUGGGCCAAAGCUGCUUCCAGGCACCACUGAAAGUGGCUGCAGUCUUAUUAAAACUAAAUGUAACUGGCGCAGAAGAGGUGUAUUAUUACUUUUUGUAAGUUACAUCUUCUGCAACACUUACUGAUUGCCUCCAUUUUGCACCAUAUAUAGUUAAUACCUUGUGGAAUUCAAAUCUAAUGCAACUUAUUUCAGUCUUCUGUUUCCUUUGCGUUCUGCCUUUCAGGGAGUAUUGAUGAAGAUGUGGUGGUGAUCGAAGCAUCCUCCACCCCCCAAGUCACUGCCAAUGAAGAAAUCAAUGUUACCUCAACAGACAGUGAAGUAGAGAUUGUAACAGUUGGAGAAAGUUACCGGUAAGGCCAAUGUUCUUUUCUUUUGGAAUAUGAUAAUAACUUUGUGAAUAAGGGUUGGACUUUAUUGAACAGCUGUUCCUUAAAGUCAGGGUUCAUAAUAAGCGGGUGCGGAGUGCAUUUUGCAACUAAGAAUUCCCUGAAUGAGAUCACGUCCUGAUGCAUAGUUCUAGUAUUCGGCUGCUGAACCAUUCAAAUGGUGCAACUGACCACUGAGAGCACAGGAGGAAAAAUGCCUCCCAGCCAAUAGCACAACAGAAACACAACUAGGGAUCUCACAGCCCUUUGCAUUUGAAAAGAGCAUUCUAAUCAACACAUUAGUGAUCUGACUUUGUUGCUGCUGGGAGGGACUGGAAGGUGACUUAGGACUGUCACCUUCUCCCCACACAGGUAAGCUGGUGCUGCUAUCAGUGGAGGACACAGGACAGUGGCAACAAGUCAGAGUACUCAAAAGUCUUGGUUAUAAAGCUUUUUUCAAAUGCAAAGGGAUGUGGGAGCCAUCCAGGAUAAACAUAACUUAGAUGGCUCCCUGCCCUUCCCACAUAGUAGCAGGAGUCCCCUCUCCGCCAGGCAGGUUAGAGUUUAAUGUUUGAAGUCUCUUCAAAACAGUAUGAGGUCUAAUGAAUGUCUGGAGAGUUAGUUAUUUCCUUUCAGGGCAAAUCAUGUUGAUAAAUGUGGAGUGUGAUCAAGAGACAAAAUCACUACACGUUAGUUUCUUUAUAUAAUUUGGUAUAAACAUUGAGUCCUUCUGUUUUAGAUUAAGUAAUAGCACACACAGUAUGUUCACCUUUAAAAAAAUUCCUGCCCAAGGUAUAUGUGUACUUCCAUAGGCUUGGUAUUUUGCUUUUGAAAUAAUUCAGAGAUGUAUAACUGUGGCUUUCUACUUUGGGUGCUAUAUUUUUUGUUGAAAUGAUUAGAAGGAGAAUAUUUUUUACAAUGCACUUAAUUCGAACUUCAAAAUAUAACCAAGUUACUACAUAAGCUCCCUUUUAUGUUUCUUUUUGUAUUAAGAGCUGCGUAUUAUAUAUGACGUAAUGAGAAAGAGAGCUUAUGUUUUCAGUGGGGGAAAUAUUAUUACUGAUGAUGAGCUUCAGAAUUCCUGUGUUCAUUGUAAGUUAGGGCUUUUUCACAUGUUCAUUUCUCCCUAAUUUAUACCAAUUUAUAUAAAACAUUAUUAACUGCUGAUCUUAGAAUGCUAAGACAUCACAGUUGAUUUAAAAAACACAUUACAUUUUUGCUGCUCCUGGAUAAUUUUUGUUUAUUUUAAAUAAAAAGAUAAAAGUUUAAAACAAUCACCUUUCUUAAUUGGCCUGACUUCAACCCCUGGCUACAACUCCAACAUGUUUUCUCUGGGCUACAUAUGCACCCGCCUUUUUAAAAACCACACUUUUGUUUUCUGUAUUCAGCACUUUAAAGAAGCCAUAGACAGCAGUGCUCAAGUAUGCUAAUACUCAAACAAAUUAAAAAUAGAAACAACCCAACACAUUUUAAAAGGGCAUUGGAUGUCAAUCAGCCUAAGGCCUGGUUAAAGAGGAACCAUUUUUUGCCUGGCACCUAAAGGUGAAGGUUCCAGGUGAACUUCCCCUGGCAGGCUGUCUUUGUUGGUUGGAAAUUGGUUUCAGGAACCAAUUUCCUCUAGGGAAAUUGGUGGAUAGACUGUUUGCAGUUGGAAUUAGCAGAGCCUUCAUUAUGGGAUUCCCCCGCCCUUGCUAUGACGUUCACAUAGUUGUAUUAAAAAUUUCUUCUAAACUGUCAUUUAUUUCAUGUUAUUAAACACGCCUGAAUUAGUUUUUUGCCGAAAUUUGGUUUUUAAAACAGAAAACCUAUAGUGUUAGUAGAAUAUCUGUUUUUUUUAAAAAGAAAUAAUUAUUAUAUAUUCCCCCAUGUAACAUUUUGUUAAAGACUUAAUGUAAAAUGCAUUCUAAAUGCAUGCAUUUUUCUCAUGGGGUGAAUUGGUCUGUACAGAAUUCCAUAUUGUGAAAUAGAGAUUUGUCUAAUGAAAAUUGAUGGAUAAGGAAAGUUUUCUAGGUGAUUGCAAAUGUUGAUCUCAGUUUGCCAGGAAUUCAGAAGAAUUCUUCACAUGUAGAAUCUCAUUCCCAUUUGCCUUGGUGUAAACCCUUUUGAAUUCAUUCAGUAGGAUCUAUUUCUGUGUAGAAAUGGCUAGGAUUAUGCUGUUGGACCUGUUCUUCCAAGAAUUUUGAUGUCAUAGACCUAUUUCGCAAAAAUAAAUGGAAUGUGCUGCUGCACUGGGGGAAAAUGGCAACUAGCCAUUCUGAUUUUGUGCCUAUAACCCAGAUUCCAGAAGCCAUUUGGCCCCAGCUUUUCUAUCCCAAUUUCUAACACUGCUUAAACUUCAUUGUAUUGAUUUCUCUCACCCUCUUGUAGUUGGAACUUCCAAGUUAGCUAUAGGCAGCCCCUGGUAUGGGCCAGAUCGUUGCCAUUUUUGUCAUGUGUUAAAUCUUCUGCCUAGCUGUGCUCUUUUCUUUUCACCAUCUGAUGGUACAGAUAUUCUCUAGUCCCUGUCCUUCUGCCUCUGCAACAGUUGGAUGCUGAUUCUAAAUUUAGAACAAGAGAACCCUUCUCUUCAGAUGUAUGCAUUUAAUUACAUACAGCACAGGUUUUCAACCUUUUUGAGUCCAUUGCUCCCUUGACCAAAUACAUUCUUUCUGCGACACCCCUGUGGGGCUCAGGAGCCCAGUUAUGGCACCCCUUGCCCGCAGAGCUGGCAGCCCCCCACCCUUUUUCAAACACCCUCCCUUGUGGAGGGUUCCCUCAGCCUCCUCUCCUCUCCCCUCUUCUUAGGAGUCUGGGUAUUUAUAAUUGUCAAGAAAGGUUUUUAAUCUGUUGGCCAGAGAUUGGUCAACAUUGAAGAAAGAGAUUGGUCUGUGUGACUCAAAAUUGGAUGGUCCCUGCGAGGCUUGGGAAUAACUACUAUUUUUGAAUGUCUCCAGGUUGCACGAAGUCUGUUAUCAGCUAAAAUAUCAUUACAAUACCAUUGUUAAUUACUUCCUUUAUCUCCUCCUUUCCCAUACAUUUACUGUCCUCCUCCUUUAGUUAUAGGUAUCGCUAUAGUGCAGGGGUCAGCAGCCUUUUUCAGCCGUUGGCCAGUCCACCGUCCCUCAGCUCAUGUGGGGGGCUGGACUAUAUUUUCUAAGAAAUAAAAAAGAACGAAUUCCUGUGCCCCACAAAUAGCCAGAUAUGCAUUUUAAAUAAAAGGAUACAUUCUACUCAUGUAAAAACACGCUGAUUCCUGGACUGUCUGCGGCCCGGAUUGAGAAGGCGAUUGGGCCGGAUCUGGCCCACGGGCCUUAGGUUGCCUACCCCUGCUGUAGUGUCUAAAAAUUUCUUAAUUUCUUCUAGAGAGAGGUGGAGGUGUACAGAAAGGAGAAAAACUCUGCACAUAUUAAUUUUGUACUAUAAACCCUUUCUCCUGCCUUUAUUUUUAUACCUGUAGUUAUUGCUUUGUUUCUCUUUUUGCAACUUGGCAGCAAAAAUAGUAAUAAUAUUUUUGUUUUAAAUACAAUAAUUGUACCAUUGUUUUAUCUAUUUAUGUUGCUUCUAGUUAUUUUUGCUUAAUUUGUAAUAGUUAGUAAACUUGUUUUGAAGUUCUUGUCCUAUGCUUUUGUUCUAGGGAAGAGACUUCCUGUUCCAAUUGCAUCUUUUGUGUCCUGUAGAUUUUAUUCAGUCCUGAUUUUUCUUGAAACAUACUCCUCUAAACACUGCCUUUAUUGUUUCUCACAGCAAUCCUUCUAUUAUUUUUCUUAGUUUUUGUUCCAAUGAUGCAUUAAGUUUUUCUUUUACCAUUUGAUUGGUUACAAGGACAGGACUAAAAGACCAAAUACAGGUCACAUUUUCUGACAGAAUUAAUAGGAAGUGUGCGCUCACUCGAGUGUGUUCUGUUAUGUUAAUUUCACCAAUAUGAGCUGUCUGCACUUCCUUUAAAAAGGAGGCAGAGUUUGAAAUUAGCCAGGUGCCAGGCGCAUUUUGCACUAAUUGGCUACUUGUGACCAAGUGAAGUUGCCUGGGCCCCAGGAUGGUGCCUGACAUCUCCCCACCAUCUGGAGGUGCAUGUCUGGGGAUCAUUGGAUCUGGACUGGAUAAUUCAAUCAUUUGUAUUUUAACUGCACAAUCAGAAUGGAUUUCAGGAACCAAAAUGCUUUUUCUGUGCAGCCUGAGAAGGAGCGAUGAACAACAUUAUAGUUAAUUGUUGUAGCUUGUCUUUACUGUCCUGCUCUCAGCUGUGAAGAAUAUUCUUAUGAUAUCAAUGGCCCAUGUCACCAUUAAGAAAAAGAGGUAGGAAUAAGUCUAUAUAUAUGUGGACUGUCCUCAAUCUUAACCCAGCUCAGGGUUGUCAUCUGAACUAGCCAGAUGUUUAACAAUCAAUCACAGUCAGUCCUUCAUUUGAAAAAUUAAGACUUUAGAGCCAUGUUGCCCUAAAAUGGCAACUAGACAUUCUGUUUUGGCAACUGUAACCUUGGUUUAAGGAGCCAUUUGGCACCUAGCUUUUAUAUAUGAGAUUCUGACACUGGGCAGAGGUUAGUCUAAAGUCUAAAGAUUGUGAGCUAUGAACAGGGGAGACAAACAUGAGUUGUAGCCACUGGAUUCCACUCACUCCAUAUAUCCCAUAGACCCCACUCUUACAAUGUUCUCAACAAUUUCAGUUGUUCCUUGCCCUUUUUAAACUCCAGUGUUGUUUUGCAUUGCUUUUUCCAUGCAGAAUCAGUUAGGUCUUUAUGUGAAAGGCUACUUGCACUCCAAUUUAAAUCUUCCUCCAAUUAUUGAAUCAUAAGAAGAAAAAUUCAUUGAGGCGUGACACAGGUUUUUGUAAAAAUGGCAUUUGGCCAGUAUUCAGCACAUAAACUGAAUCCAGAUUUACCUAACAUGUCCCACUGAGGGUUCCUUCUAUAACAAUAGAUCUACCAUUUGGAUCUCUUAGUACUUUAAUGACCUGAAAAUUAAGUUGAGAAUGAACUAAGAUCACAACUCGUCUUCUUUUAUUUGACCCCACUGCUAUGAAUCGUCCUACCCAAGAUUAAUUAAAUAAGGUGUUUUUCUGAUCCACAUGUAUUUCCUGUAAACACACUAUAUUUGGUUACCUAUUAUAAAGAUAUUUUACCAGUUGAACAUGUUUUAUUGGAUCUCCCAUCCCUUUUAAAUUCAAGGUAAUCAUAGUUAUACUUCCACUCUUCUUAUUUGAUGCCAUCUUGCUUUCUUAUUUGUAAAUACACCCUCCCUUCCCCACAACUAAAAAACAAUUCAACAUUCAACUUAAAACAGUAAAAUACAACUCUGUAUGUGUCCUCUAUAGACACUAGAGGGCACUCCUGCACCAUUGGGGUAUAGAACAUACCAUAAGUACACAUGAUGAGUACAUUUUAAAUAUUAGCUUAGAUCUUAACUUCAAGGGGUACAUGUGCUAUAAUUACUGCUUUGUCUAGCCAAUUGUAUGGCUUCAUCUUGAAUAAAUUAUUUUUAACACCUCAGAGAAGGGUCUUAAUUGUUCAUUUUCUAGUUGCUUGAGAGUAGAGAAGCCUGGCCUGCUUUUCCUUGUGCUAUCUUUGUGCUACAAGAUCUACUAUAGGUAGACUCCACUGGGUUCUCUUCUCCUGGGUCAGUGCUGCCUUGUUGCAAAAAGCUUAGCAAUUCAGAGAGUCAUUCCAACUCCAGAAGUUGCAAAAGCUCUGCUACUUCCCAGAGGUUUGCAGCCAAAAAAACUUAAUUUCCUCUGUUGCAUAUUAGACAGAAAGUGAAUGCUCAGUGAUAAUCUGAUUCCCACUUCUGAUAAUCAAGAUCGGGGGUUGUCAACCUGGUCCCUACCGUCCACUAAUGGGUGUUUCAGGAUUCUAGGUGGGUGGUAGGGGGUUCCUCUUUCCAUUGAGCACUGGUGGGCGGUAAGGAACUUUUACCAUCAAGAAAGAUGCAUUAGUGGGCAGUAGGUAUAAAAAGGUUGACUACCCCUGAUCUAGAUGUUACUAGGUGAAAUUCUCACCUUUUUUCAAGGUGUCCUGAGAUAGAUCCUGGAGAACCAUAAUUGGUUGAUUUUCAGAAGUUAUAUUUUCCACAUUCCUAAGCGUUCUCCAUAUCUUUUUUCCUAAAAUCUGUGUAAAUAUAUUAUAUAUAAUAAUGUCUCUUGGAGGGGCUGAAACGCAUGAACGAGUUGAUAGGGCUCUGUGGGCUCACUCAGUACAGUGGUGCCCCGCAAGACGAAUGCCUCGCAAGACGAAAAACUCGCUAGACGAAAGGGUUUUGCGUUUUUUGAGUCGUUCCGCAAGACGAAUUUCCCUAUGGGCUUGCUUCGCAAGACGAAACGUCUUGCGAGUUCUUGCGAGUUUGUUUCCUUUUUCUUAAAGCCGCUAAGCCGUUAAUAGCCGCUAAUAGCCGUGCUUCGCAAGACGAAAAAACCGCAAGACGAAGAGACUCGCGGAACGGAUUAAUUUCGUCUUGCGAGGCACCACUGUAUCCCCUAGGGAUAGUUCCAAGGCAGGUAUUUGCAAUUUAAACCACUAUCUUGUCACUUUCUGCCCCUUCUACAAAGCCCCUGCUAAGAUUAACCCUUUAAGUCUGUUUUGAAAAUUCUUUGAUUUUAUAUCCAUAUUCUCGUGAAGCAGUUUUCAAAGCUUUUCUUCAUGUUGUCCCCUCUCAGGUCUGCAUUUGCACCCUUUUCUGCCGCAGCUUCUGCCGUCUUAACUGGUUCGGGCGCCAUGUUCACUCUUUGCUGGCUCAUUGCCCUGGCUUCUUCUUGGUGUUCCCGUGGCAUGAGAAAGUUAAUUAUACCCCCUUGUUUUUAUCUCAGCAUAUUUCUUGAAUUCGGGUAAAAGUUUUCAAGUUUUCCCAGUUAGUUGGCUGUUUUGAAAAGAAAUUAUAUACUUGAGGGCAGGAACUCGUGAGUUUUGCAGCCAUCUUGAUUACUGGCUGACCACUCCCCCCAACAGACUUCUUCUAACGGAUCUACAUAAUAAUAAUAAUAAUAAUAAUAAUAAUAAUAAUAAUAAUAAUUUUAUUAUUUAUACCCGGCCCAGCCAUUAACUGCCUCUUUGAGACACCCCUUUUCUUUCCAACCAGGGUAUCUUCCCAACUAGUAAGAUUUGCAUGGAGUCGGCGGUGCUCAUCCCGCUCUUGUUCAGUGGGAUGAGAUGCAAUGUCCAAUAACUUGACAAAUCAGAUUUGACCAGUUUUCGUUCCCUCAUGUACCUUCUCCCAGAGUCACUGCUAUUUUGAGUCGAUGCAGUGUUAAACAGCCAGCCGCCCUUGUAUACCUUGUAUAUGAAAAUGAGGACCAUUUAUAUACUGUACAGAUUUCGCUUUACGUUCAGUAGUGUGAAUGCUGUUACGCAUUCUGUUAAAACAAGGCUUUGCCUUAGAAAUAGAAUUUGGGAGGCUCAAAAGUGGAAAUUACAGGAGAUCCCAAUGGUAAUGGAAUGGCAGGAUAAUUUUUUUGAGUAUACAGAAUUAUGACUUAUAUUUAAAAUGACUUAUAAAAUUCGAGACCAAAAAGGGACAAAGUUUGAAGAAGAGUGGGUUGCACACAUAAGAAUUAACUGUAGAAGUUUAAAAACUAGCAGGGUUAACAUAAAUCCUGUGAUGUUUAUAGAAGGUGAAUAAGAAUCUGCAAGAGAAGAUAUAUCUUAAGAAAACUGAAGCAGGGAAGGAAGUCAGGGCGUGAAUAUACGCAGUGUAAAUAAGAUGACAUAAAAUGAUGACUAUAAAAGAUUGUUUUAUUUUGUGAAAAACAUAAUAAAAAACAGUUUUUUUAAAAAAAAAAGAAUUUGGGAGGGAGGGCUGUUUCUCCACAGAGAACCAGCUGCUUUGCAAGGCCCAAAGUUUAAUUCCUGGCAUCUCUAGAUAAGGCUGGAAAGGACUCCUAUCUGACGCUGCCAGUCAGUUUAAAUCCCACUGAGCAAGCAGGGCCAGUGGCCUAACAUGGUUUAUAGCAGCUGUUUAUGUCGGCUACCUUUAAACUAGAACAUUGCUUUCUACUGGCAAAGCUGCAGAAGUUUGUCCUUUCAGUUAUUUACCUCAAUAUUUUGUUAAUUUUGGCUGCUCUGUCUCCAGGUCUUGCGUUUCUCUAGCUGCCAUCCUGGGUUCAAAACGGAGCUUUACUAAACAAGGCAGUACAUGACUUCAGGCUGAAAACACAAUUUAUUUGCUCUAUGGUUACUCUCAAAUAUAUUUACAGCUACCUCAUAAUAUAUCUGCCUCAACACAGACAACCAGUUACCACACAAUUCAUUUAAUAGGAUUACUUCAUAGCUUUCCAGUGUGAGUCCUUCCUGUGCCUCAGGCAUAUGAAAAGUUGGUCCUGCCAUUGUAUAGGAAUGUAAAGUAAGUCAACAAAUGUGAGUUUACUUUUAAUACAUGGUUCCUUUUUUCUUUUCUCUCUCAUUUUACUCUAGGCCUCACCAUCUUCCUUGCUCCUGCUUCAUUAAACCAUAUAUUAUUAUUUUAUUUGUGCUGCACAUGAAAGCCUCUUUCCAUCUAACUGCAGGAAUAAUCUGUAGUUGUACUAGGGAGAGAUAUGCAUAUAGUUCUCAAGCUGUCAAUUAUUUUGGUCUUUCAUCUUGCAGCAGUGCUUUAAAGUGUCAUCCUGGAUGAAACUCUGCUGAUAGAUGCCGUGAUGCCUUGAUCAAAGAUAAAUGAAUAAACCUUCUGAAUUCAGACUCCUCAGCAAAUGAGAAGAGACCCAAACAAAGUCUUGUCUCCUCCCUUUUCAGACUCUCAAAAUGUAUGGAUCCCUCACCCAGUAGAACUGAUGGGAGCUUUGCCGUUAGUUCUAACAAUACGUACAUUAAAAAAAAAAAACCCCAAUCCCUUCCUAGUCUAAAAUUAUUCUGCCACCCUAAGCCCCUUCCCUCAGCAUGCAGAGAUUCCUGAUCACAGCUGAUAAUAUCCAGCUUAUUGCCUGUCUAAAUCAUGGGAUCACGUUUGUUAUUAAAGAUAAUAUCCAGCUUGUUGCCUGUCUAAAAUCAUGGGAUCACGUUUGUUAUUAAAGAUUAUUUUAACUGUAGUUUUCACCCCAGUUUUAUGCCCAGCAUGAGUAUCACUCAUUUGUCCAUGGAUUCAUCAAGCACUGGAUUCAUCAAGGAGUCCAAUUUCCUACUGGUUCAGUCAGUUGGAAUCAGUUUUAAAAUAGGAGAGAGAAAUCAAAAGAAACUUGCAUGAGGCCAUGGUCAGCCUAGGCCAGAGCUUUCCAAACUGUGUGUCACAACACCAGGGUGGAUAAAAAUCAAUGGUUUCUAUUUUAUUUUUAAUUUAAAUCGGAUUUUAAAAAAUUUAAAUCAGAUUUUUUUGAUUUAAAUCAGAUUUUUAAAAUAAAAUGCUUUUGGAGGAAAAAUCUUUCUAAAGAUAGUUUUUUAUUUAAGUUACAUUAUAGUCCAAAGGCUAUUCAUCAGGAAAUAAGGAUUUGUUUUAAGAUUUUCAUGUGUGCUAAAACUCAGUCUAAGUUUUUUUUUUUUAAACCGUUUAACCACAUCAGUUAACAAACAUGGAUACAUAUGCUAUAAUGUUAUUGUUUCAGUUAAAUAAAUUGUUUAAAUUGUUAUUAAGGAAGUGAUUAUUUUUCUCCUUCCAAUAAAAGUGCAGCAGAAAAGUUGUCCAAAUAUAAACAGUUAACUUAUUUUUUUUUUAAUAAUAUUUAUUAAAGUUUCAGAAAAAGUUACAAAAACAAGAAAAAAAGAAGAGGAAAAAAAGAAAAAAGAAAAAAUACAGAAAAAUAAGAACACUUAAAAACAAAUCAAUCUUUCCAUGUCUUGUCUUUCAUUUACUUGCUUCCCUGACCUCCUCACACCUCCCCUUUUUGUAUUCCAGUUCAGUUAGUCCAUUCAGCAAGUCCUUUCCCUCUUUGUUUUUAUCUUAAUCCUUUAACUUAAUAUAUUAUAACUUUAGAUUCUGAUUCUCACCUGUUAACAAUCCAUUUUUACAUACUCCUUUAUAACAUUGUUGCUAAGGCCACUUAACUUCAUUCUGACAUCAUUCUAACAAUCAUUAAUUUUGCAGUAUUUCUGUAAAUAGUCUUUAAAUUUCUUCCAAUCUUCUUCCACCGACUCUUCUCCCUGGUCUCGGAUUCUGCCAGUCAUUUCCGCCAGUUCCAUGUAGUCCAUCACCUUCAUCUGCCAUUCUUCCAGAGUGGGUAGAUCUUGUGUCUUCCAUAAACAGUUAACUUAUUAAACCUCACCAUAAUUUCAUAGUUAUCUAUGUAUUUCUGAUAGUUUAACCAAAUCAGUAAUUUUUGAUAUAACUAUGAAAACUACUCAGAGAAUUUAUUAUUCCAAAAAUGAAACCUUCAUCUGGUUGUCAAUAUUAAGAUUAUACCAGCAAGAAUGAGUCUUUCUGUGAAAAAAUGAUUUAAAUCAAGUCUUACUGACUAGUGAUUUAAAUUGUGAUUUAAAUCGAUUUGAUUUAAAUCAAAUCCACCCUGCACAACACAUUAGUGUGUCGGCUGCAGUAUGUGUCACGUGAACGCUCCCCACGCUCCUCCCAGGGCCGGAAAGGGGUUAGUUUAACCUUCGGUUUGCUAGUUAAACUGAAUUACUGUGUCGCGAAACGACGCAUGUCUAAAAAGUGUGUCACAAACAUGAAAAGUUUGGAAAGCUCUGACCUAGGCAUUGAAUGAACUAAAGACUUGGAAAUGCUGAAACAGCAACUUUAAUGUGUACCUGGUUACUUUAUUGACAUUGUUGUAAAAUACUGAUAUACAGUCAUGGAAAAAAGAAAGUACACCCUCUUUGAAUUCUGUGGUUUUGCAUAUCAGGACAUAAUAACAAUCACCUGUUCCUUAGCAGGUCUUAAAAUUAGGUAAAUACAACCUCAGAUGAACAACAUCACAUUACAUAUUACACCGUCAUGAUGUAUUUAACAAAAACAAAGCCAAAAUGGAGAAGCCAUGUGUGAAAAAUUAAGUACACCCUUACUGCUUUCCUAGGAAUUAAGGGACUAAGUAGCAGACAGGUGCUGCUAAGCAAAUGCCCUUGCUUAAUUUGAUCAUCUACAAGUGUGUCCACUUCUAUAAGAGCUGAAAAUUUAGCAGUUUGCUGGUUUGGAGCAUUCAGGUAUGUUUUAACACAAUGCCAAGGAGGAAAAAUGACACAAUGCUCUUAGAGAAGCAAUUGUUGCUGCCCCUGAAACUGGGAAGCAUUAUAAGGCUAUCUCCAACCAAUUUUAAGUCCAUCAUUUUACAGUAAGAAGGGUUAUUCAAAAGUGGAAAACAUUCAAGACAGUUGCCAAUCUUCGCAGGAGUGGACGUCCCAGCAAAUUCACCCCAAGGGCAGACCGUGCAAUGCUCAGAGAAAUUGCAAAAACCCCAAAAGAGACAUCUCAGGCUCUACAGGCCUCAGUUAGCAUGUUACAUGUUAAUGUUCAUGACAGUACAAUUAGAAAAAGACUGAACAAGUAUGGUUUAUUUGGAAGGAUUGCCAAGGAGAAAGCCUCUUCUCUCUAAGAAGAACAUGACAGCAUGACUUAGGUUUGCAAAGUUGCAUCUGAACAGACCACAAGACUUCUGGAACAGUGUCUUUUUGACAGAUGAGUGGAGAUGUUUGACCAUAAUGCACAGCACCAUGUUUGGCAAAAACCCAACACAGCAUGUCAGCACAAACACCUCAUACCAACUGUCAGGCACGGUGGUGGAGGGGUGAUGAUUUGGGCUUGUUUUGCAGCCACAGUACCUGGAAACCUUGCAGUCAUUGAGUCGACCAUGAACUCCUCAGUAUACCAAAGUAUUCUAGAGUAAAAUGUGAGGCCAUCUGCCCAACAAUUGAAGCUUGGGCAAAAUUGGGUCAUGCAACAAGACAAUGAUCCCAAGCACACCAGCAAAAAUACAACAGAAUGGCUGAAAAAGAAAAGAAUCAAGGUGUUGCAAUGGCCCAGUUCAACCUAAUUGAAAUGCUGUGGUGGGAUCUUAAAAGUGCUGUGCCAGUAAACCUCAAUGAACUGAAGCAAUAAUGUAAAGAAGAGGGGGACAAAAUUCCUCCACAAUGAUGUGAGAGACUAAAAGUCAUACAGAAAAUGUUUACUUCAAGUUAUUGCUGCUAAAGGUGGUUCUACAAGCUAAUGAAUCAUAAGGUGUACAGUGGUACCUCGGGUUAAGUACUUAAUUCGUUCUGGAGGUCUGUUCUUAACCUGAAACUGUUUUUAACCUGAAGACCACUUUAGCUAAUGGGGCCUCCUGCUGUCACCGUACUGCUGGAGCAUGAUUUCUGUUCUUAUCCUGAAGCAAAGUUCUUAACCUGAAGCACUAUUUUUGGGUUAGCGGAGUGUGUAACCUGAAGCGUAUGUAACCUGAAGCGAAUAUAACCCGAGGUACCACUGUACUUAGUUUUUCACACAUGCCUUCUCCAUUUUUGCUUCAUUUCUGUUAAAUAAAUCAUGACACGGUGUAAUAUGUCAUGUGCUGUUCAUUUGAGAUUGUAUUUACCUAAUUUAAAACCUGCUAAAGAACAAGUGAAUGUUAUUAUGUCCUCAUAUGUUAAAAAACCCCCAAAAUUCAAAGAGGGUGUCUUCUUUUCCCCAUGACUGUAUACAGUGGUACCUCGGGUUAAGUACUUAAUUCGUUCCGGAGGUCCGUUCUUAACCUGAAACUGUUCUUAACCUGAGGUACCACUUUAGCUAAUGCGGCCUCCUGCUCCCACCACACGAUUUCUGUUCUCAUCCUGAAGCGAAGUUCUUAACCCGAGGUACUAUUUCUGGGAUAGCGAAGUCUGUAACCUGAGGUACCACUGUACUUGGGAUCUUUUGCAGAAUGCUCUAAUUUUAAUUCAAAAAGUAAAGGUAGCUUAUGUUGGCCUCUAAGAAAAGUUGCAAAUACGUAAUAGGGCAAUACCUUUAUUAGGCAAAUCAAAAUAUCACAAAAUAGUGUGUACGCUUUGGAAUUUACUAGCACACACCAUCAGGCUAGAUAGUGAGGAGAGAGGGGGGGAAGGUAUUUUGACUGUUGUUAAAGCCAUGCAGUCUAUGCCUUGUCAGAGUUAUUUUGGUUUCCUGAUCUUUUGGCUUCUUAAUUUUCCUAAUACAGAUUUUGUAGUUUUAAUUCUGUGUUGGCAAAACUCUUGAUCCAAUCAAGGAUGCAGUUAUGAAUACUCAAUUUAACAGUCUAACAUUACUGUUAAAAUGGGUACCUAUAAUUUGAUCUUUGAUUGGAUGAAGGGUAGUGAAGAUGCUCUGGCAAACCUGAGAUUCACAUCAUGCUUUUUCUGAAUAGGCUAUUUGAGUAUUCAGUUUUGUUACAGUGGCUUCCUGUUUUUGUGUAAUGAGGUUAAAAAAGCAUUCAUAUAUAGCAAAGGAUAUAUAAACAUAAUAAAAGUAUGAAUUUAGAUUUGAGGCUCUUGCAUAUAAUGACACUACAUUUGCUCAUUAGAUCUGUACAUUAGUGAUGUAAAAGGUAGCAUUUGUGCCAUUUUUUACUCUUAUUGUAAUGUGCAUUCACACCUGCAGUUUAACAGUUAAGCUAGGUCCGGUCUAAGCCUUGUCCUUUUGAAUCUCUCCCACUCUGCAAUUCAAUACUCUCCAAAGCUACACUGCAGUAGAAAAUCUGUUUACAUAUUCAUGGGACAAUGAGACUGGAUUGUGACAGGUCAUCAUGGACCACUAGCCAGUAUGUGGUGGACCAACCUAUACCUACUUGGGGCUAGAAUUUUGCAAAGAUAGCCCAUGUGCUGUUGCACGGUAUGUUCUUAAGAGAAUGCAAACUCAAUAUUAGUUGACACAGACUAGUUAGUGCCACUAUCGUUGAGAGUCUUGUGGACAUAGAACCUGCCUUAGCUUUCUAUUCAGACCGUUGAUCCACAGGGCUCGUGCCAGACAUUUUGGCACCUGAUGCGAACCACAAAAUGGCGACCACACACACACCACUCCAGGGCCAAGAGGCUGCUGUGGCGUGGGGGUGGGUUGUGGAGUGGAGGCAGAUCCAUCCUCCAAGGAGUGCACCUCAGCCAUUGCUGCAGCGGCAGUAAACCGUGUGCCCCUUGGAGGCCAGAUCUGCUGACCCUGUGGAUCCUGCCACCUGAGGCAGUUGUCUCACCAUGCAUCCUGGGUCAGCUGGCCCUGGCUGAGCUACCUAGCUAAGAAUUGUCUCCACACUAAAGCGGUCACAUGUAAUGAGAAGCCGGGCUUUCUUUUUUAUUAUUAUUAAGUUUUUUUUAAUUGUUAUUGUUAUUUAAUUAAUUUCAAACUUCAAAUUUGUUACACAUUUCUCUUGAGGAGCCAGACUUUCUAAUGUGAACAAGUAGCAUGUAGGUGUACAUUGCCUAAUCACUCUGGUUUCACUGUUCCCCGGCAUGAGUGGGAUAAACAACCCAGAGUGUCCUGACUUCCCAUUAUGUCCAAGCCAGGGUUUGUGACUUGUUGUGGAGCUGUAAACCAUGACCUCUGCUUCAGGUGUAACAGGUAGCCAAGGCUGUACACCAGCCAGUCAUUAAGUUUGGCUUCAAACAAGAGUCUCCUCCGCCUGCCCCUGCCCCCAGACCUACCUGGGGAUGCCAGGGAUUGAACCUUGGACCCUAAAUAGAGCACAUGUUACUGAAGGUGGCCCACAAUUGAUCUAGAAAACAAAAUACCACUUAAAACAAAACUCAGUUUUGAAUUGAAUUAUCUGAAGCUGUUGGUGGUACAGAUUGGAGAAGUGAUCAUCUUACCAGACCUGUCAUGGUAAAAAAAGAGAACCUUUGUUUUGAGUUUUCAGGCAUUUGUACUUUAUGCUUCCAGGUCUCGAUCGUCACUUGGGCAUUCUCGAUCCCACUGGGGCCACAGUUCAAACUCGCAUGCUUCACGGCCACAGGAGCAGCGGAACCGUAGUAGAAUCUCCACAGUCAUUCAGCCCCUGAGACAGAAUGCAGCAGAAGUAGUGGACCUCACAGUGGAUGAGGAUGGUAGGUUGCAGCAAUGACAGAGCCUUGACCCUCCCAUCAGUGAGAAGCCGAUUAAUGUUCUGAAAAGAAACAAGAUGUGUUAGCUGGCCGUUGAAACUCCUGACUUUUGGAUUGCCAUGUUAAAAACUGCUUGCAUCACAUAAGGGAGUGCAGACAUGAUACUUUGUGGUCUGGCCAGGCUCAGGGCUGCCUUUCAUGAUGUUUCAGACAUGAAAAACUCUCUGGAUCACUCCUCUGUUUGCAUACAUGCAUCCUCAGAUUUUACUGUUGGUACCCUGAACUUUUGCAGGCCUGUCCCACAACACAGAUGCGAUCAGAAUAAAUCAGGGGUUGCCAGCCUUUUUGCGGCCCAUGGGCACAUUUGACACAACAAUGUUAAACUGAUCCUGAUAUGAAUAACUGUGGAACUAUUGAGGUUGGUGCUGUAAAUAUAUCACUGUUACACUGGUUCUAUGCACCAAAGGGUACUGUUUGGGCACAGCCAGCCACAUAGCAACCCCACAUUGUCUGUCUUGUGUUUGCCCAAGAUGUGUGUCAAAUGAGUUCUUAGUCAUAACCCACUUAAACAGGCUGCAGGUGCUUAAAUUUCUUUAUGUUGUUUGUCAUUUUUAUACAGAGCCCACUGUUGUGCCAACAACUUCAUCUAGAGUGGAAUCUCAGACUGCAAAUUCCACGUCCGAUGGCGGCCCUAGUGUCACGACCUCAGAGCAGGUCUCUGACGUAAUUUCUAGCAUCUCCAACAGCCAGUCCUCCUUGGCCCCAGAGCCUUUGGUUGUCCUCACCAAUAGUGGGACUGCAGGGAAUCCGGCAGGAGGUAUUAAUUUUUAUUUUUUUUCCUGUUCUGCAGUAGGUGAAAAUGCUGGCUUACCACAAAGUUGAUGUGCUUACUACUUUGAAAAUGUAGUGCAUGCUUUUGCUGGAGAGGCAAAGAAUUUCUGGGGCCAGUGUUUCCUUCCUGUGUAUUUUUUUUAUUGACGACAUGAGAGUCUAGUAUAGGGAGCUGCAUUGAAAUUUUUUUAUCCGAGGGUUACCCAGUUUGGGGUCAAUCUGUUGUACUGGGAUAGCAAAUGUAGACUCCACAGGCUCUUGAGGUCAGCUUGACUGUGUUGUAAUCCUAGUAGGGGAGCAUGUGUUCCUGGAAAUGCUGGGGUUUCUUACUGAAAACGUUGUAAUGGCAAACAUUUGAGUGGCUACUUGUACCUAAACUCACAGUGUGCAGCCCCAGGAAAGUUUGAAGCAAAUUCCAGGGCAUCCAGUUUGUAGGGGCUGCUGGUGAGUCUUAAAAUUUUUCUCUGUGCCCAGUGCAGAGCGCCUCAGAAUGCCCUGUAAUGCAGCUUAUGCAGAGGAAUCCCACACCAGGGAGCUUGAAACCUUGGCCUAAGUCUAGCCAAAGACUGGCUACUCUUCUUGCACUGGCUCUCUGGGUCCUCCCCAUCAUCUGCUACUUGCAGGUGCUGAGAAUUCGAAUCUAGGACCUUCUGCAUGCAAAACAAGAGGGGUGGAGGAGGGGAGUAUCAUGGAGCAGGGCAUGACGAACUGGUACCGUGAACAGGAGCGUUUCACACUGCAACAUUUUGUUGCAGGUCACACUGGUCUCACUUUAAUAAGCAAAUGACUAAUCCACUUGUAUACCCUGCAGAGUUUUCAGGUUUCUUGUAUACCCUGCAGAGUUUUCAGGUUUGGCUUUUACUGUACCUGUGUUACCAGCUGAGCUCACAUGUUUCUUUCACCCCCAAUUUAAGAUGACUCAAGAGGAAAUACCUCAAGUACAACACUGGAAUCUGGCCCUCCUGCAAUGCCAAGGCUGCCGUCAUGCUGCCCCCAGCAUUCUCCAUGCGGCGGCUCCUCGCAGAACCACCACAUCCUGGGGCACCCUCACGCCAGCUGUUUCCAACAGCACAGCCAUCAUUUCCACCAUCACCAUCACCACAACCCCCACGCAAGCGUCCCUCUCUCACCAUCGUUCAGCGAAUCCAGCUGCCCUGUUGAAAGGCCUCCCCCAGUGCCGGCACCUGCAGGAUCAAGUAGCAGUUCUGGCACCACGUACCAUGAGCAGGCAGGUUUGGUUGAGAAUGCUUCACUGUGGUGAUGGUGAAGAGUUACGGAUAAUAGUUUCUCCAUGUGCUGUGCAGAGUGCUUUUUCUAGGGUACUAGGCCGCUAGCCUCAACUGUCAGUAGCAGUAUGCCUCUGAAUAGCAGUUGCUGGGAAUCACAAUUGAAGAGUGUGUUGCUGCGCUGAUGUUCUGCUUGUGUGCUUGUGUGCUUCUUGCAGGCACCUGGGAGGCCACUGUGAGAACUGGGUGCUGGACUAGUUGGGCCUUUGGCCUGAGCUAGUGGGCAGGCUUUUCUGAUGUUCUGACAUACUAAUGCGCUACAUGCUGCCUCAGGGCUGCUACUCAGGGCAUCCUCUGCAGGUCUCAAGGCAAGGAAAGGUCUAUAUGAGGGCAGACAUUCUCUCAGAUAUUUGGGCCCCAGGCUUUAAAUGUAAAUGUAUGCAGUCAACCUGUUAGCCCCAAAACAUCCGGAGGGCAAAGGCUGGUGGAGAUGAAAGUGGGAUUAGGGAGAGUUUGGAGUUAGGGUAUCUGGCUAGGGAAACUCAGAUUUCCCCCAUGCCUCUUGCUGCUGGCAGGCCUCAGUCAUGGCUUUUCCCAAGCACUACUUGUGUGCCCUGACUUGAACUGGAAUGUUGGCCAAUAUAGCCCUUGGUUGGACCCAAGGAGGAACUUCUUAUUUCUGAAUCCUAAAGUAGCUCUUUGGGUUCCUCUCUUUGUGGAGAUCAAAUGGGUUUCCUUAUAUCUGCUGACUAGCAGGUUUACAAGGAAGAUGCCAAUUUCAUGGUGAAAAACUAGUUGCUGCCCUCUUGUUAAAUUUACUAAUAGCAACCGUUAAUCAUACCACUCAGAGACAAAAGCUUUUUUAGUCUUUUGCUAUUGGACAGCAUUGUGCAUAUGUGUUUUUGUGUGACUUGUCCUAUAGCAGCCUUUUGAUCACAGUUCCAAUAUUCAAAUAAUCUUUUGUUUUGCUCUCCUCCUUGCAGCAGGCACUCCCAGUGGACUUAAGCAACAAUGGCAUAAGGAACCACGGAAGCAGCUCUUUCCACGGAGCAUCAGCCUUUGACCCCUGCUGUCCAGGAGCCUCUUCCCGAACAGCCAUAUACGGGCACCAGGCGGGUGCUACUCCCAGCCAGCCCAUUGCCAUAGAUGGAUACAGUGCGAACAUGGUUGCCCAGCCCCAGCCUCAGCCACCACCCCAGGCUUCUCUGGCAUCCUGCCGGCAUUAUAUGUCAUGUAAGAAUGACUGCAGUCUGUGUAUGUGUUGGGCAGGGGAGGCUCCCCAAGGAUGCCCUGAUUCAUAUUGGCAGCUGGCAGGGUCUCUGCAAAGUGGUGCAGUUGGCAGGAUGCUCACCCUACUUGAGUGUCCAGAGGAGGGCAACCAAAAUGGUCAAAGGCCUGGAAACGAUGCCUUAUGAGGAACGGCUAAGGGAGCUGGGCAUGUUUAGCCUGGAGAAGAGGAGGUUAAGGGGUGAUAUGAUAGCCAUGUUCAAAUGUAUAAAAGGAUGUCACAUAGAGGAGGGAGAAAGGUUGUUUUCUGCUGCUCCAGAGAAGCGGACACGGAGCAAUGGAUCCAAACUACAAGAAAGAAGAUUCCACCUAAACAUUAGGAAGAACUUCCUGACAGUAAGAGCUGUUCGACAGUGGAAUUUGCUGCCAAGGAGUGUGGUGGAGUCUCCUUCUUUGGAGGUCUUUAAGCAGAGGCUUGACAACCAUAUGUCAGGAGUGCUCUGAUGGUGUUUCCUGCUUGCCAGGGGGUUGGACUCGAUGGCCCUUGUGGUCUCUUCCAACUCUAUGAUUCUAUUCUAUGAGUGGUGCCGCCUUCCCUUGUGGCAGGGUAAAGCGAAGCGUCUGCCAUGGGCAUCUGAUUUUUUUGUUUGGGGGGGGUGCUGUCGAGCAGCAGAUGAUCUUAGUUUAGCAGACAGUUGUAAUGAACUAACCGGGUUUGUUGUUCUCUGCUACCCCUUUUCAGAUGCCUCUUUGACUCGGCCGCUUCAUCAUCAAGCUGCUGCAUGUCCCCAUUCCCAUGGAAACCCCCCUCCCCCUGUCCCCCCUCAGCCGCCACAACCCACUUCGCAAGUGGACUAUGUCAUUCCUCACCCCGUCCACCCCUUCCACCCUUCCAUAUCCUCGCAUGCCUCUUCCCACCCUGUCCCACCUCCGCCGCCCCCACACCCGUUGGCCAACGCUGCUGCCCCAAUCCCACAGCCCCUCCCAGCCACCCACCAGUCUAUUUCCCAUCACAUCCCUGCCACGGCAUCUCCAGCCCAAAGGCUGCACCCUCACGAGGUGAUCCAGAGGAUGGAGGUCCAAAGGAGAAGAAUGAUGCAGCAUCCAACGUAAGUCAGGUUUUAGCCUGGAGGAGGAACAGGCAGUGGCUGCUGCCACCAAGGGGUGCAUAGUGGCAUAGAAGAGUGUCAGCUUCAAUGAGGAAAUAAAUAAAAAAAAUGUCCAGUAGCACCUUGGAGACCAACUAAGUUUGUUUUGGGUAUAAGCUUUUCGUGUGCAUGCACACUUCUUCAGAUAUAGGAAAGCUUAUACCCAGAACAGCUUCGAUGAGGGUUCUUUCUGAAUCCUUUAGAAUACAGGCAGAUCACCUGAUCUUUUUUUGCUGCGUUCCACAGCCUGGCACCCACCAGAUGCUUGGGACUGCAGCAGCUCUCAUCAGCUGUGCUGGUUAGGGGCUGACAUCAGGGAAAGCUUGAGCCCUCCAGAUUUUACUGAACUGCAACUCACAUCAUCCUUGGUCAUUGGCUAUGCUUGCUGGGGCUGAUUGGAUUUGUAGUUCAGCAACAUCUGGCAGGCCAAAGAUUCCCCACGCUGUCGUCCAAAGCUUCUGGGGGGCACCAGGUUGAGGAAGACUGUUCACCCACUUAGUUGCAAUUGCCAAGAGGUAACUAAGGAGCUAUAAGUCUGCCUCUGAACAGCAGCUGAAAGUAAACUAGUUACCUUUUUCUUUUAAUGCCAUCUUUCUUCCUAUGACCUGCUUCUCUCCCCACCCAUUUUUUCCUCACGACAACCUGUGAAAGAGACUGUGCAGCUAGUGGUUGAUUGGCCCAGGGUCAUCUAGUGAGAUUUAUGGCUGAGCGGCAAGUUGGACCAUUGUCUCCUCAACCUUAGGCCAGUGCUAUAAUCAGGACACUACACUGACUCUUAGGAAACUCAGAAGAAAGGAUUGGGGACUGGGGGAGGUUAACUGGUAUUUGCUGUGAUGUAAGGACAGCAAGGUCUAAAAGCUGAACCACCCUUCUCCUUCUCCCUGGGCUCUAAUUUGAGCAGAAUGCUAAAGACAUGAAUGAAUGUAAAUAGUUGACUCACUUCUACUUGGGAGCAAAUCUCAUUAAGAACAGGAACCUAUCAUCUGCACUCAAAUGUUUAGCUUUAAUGGAACUGCUAUUAAUUGAAAUGUCAGCCUCUGUCAUUUUGAAUAAUUACAUCACAGCAACUCCAUCCAGUUUCUGGAUUUUAGAAAGGAAUGCUAAUUGAGAUAGGGCUUUUUCACUUGAUAUUCAUUAAAAAGCUCGAGUAACUGAGGCUUAGAUAUUAGGAAAUGGGAAACAGGCAAAGGCCACCUCAAGUCUAGAACUUCAAUACAUCUGUGAAUCAUUUUAGAAAUAUGCCAUUUUUAUAUAGUACUUAAAAUAUCCUGUGUCAAGCAUGUACAGUGGUACCUCGGGUUAGGUACGCUUCAGGUUACAGACUCCACUAAACCAGAAAUAGUACCUCGGGUUAAGAACUUUGCUUCAGGAUGAGAACAGAAAUUGUGCUCUGGCGGCACAGCGGCUGUGGGAGGCCCCAUUAGCUAAAGUGGUGCUUCAGGUUAAAAACAGUUUCAGGUUAAGAACAGACCUCCGGAACGAAUUAAGUACUUAACCCAAGGUACCACUGUAUACAGCCUUUCUCACAUUUAUUUAUUUAUUUAUUCCUUCAUACUAUUAUAUAUCACUGUAUAAUAAAAUAUAUUUCAGCAGUUUACAACAAUAUAAACAUAAAACCAGACAAUAAAAUUAUAGAAAAUUAAAAACUUGUUAAAAGAGAAAAAAACAACAACCAAACAUCAAUGGACUAUUUGUCCACAAGCAUCCCCCCCCCCCCCCACUAGCCAUGUACUUCUCAGUGAGGAAUCUCUCUCCUCGCCUUCACCAGAUUGAACUUUGGUUGAGACAGGGUGGGGAGGUUGUGAAUGAAGCAGGCUGCUCAGAAAUGGAAGCUGAGAAACCUAUCUCCCUUAGGCUGCAGUGUGAGGUAAUAUACAAAGGAGAAAAGCUUUGCAUUCCUAAGGUUUCAAUACUCCUGCUUCCCCCCACCCCAGGAGAGCGCAUGAACGACCACCACCACAUCCUCACCGGAUGCAUCCCAACUAUGGCCAUGGACAUCACAUUCAUGUACCACAGACAAUGUCUUCCCACCCACGUCAAGCACCAGAGAGAUCUGCCUGGUUAGUAAGCUCUUACUUUCUCUUGAUUUACAUCAGCAAAACAUGUCAUAGCAACCUUUGGUUUUAGAAGUUAUAGCAAAGCAUCCCUGUUCAUCAUACUUGCAAAGACAACUGAUCAAGAAUAAAUUCUUAGUUUAUUGUAGAUCAGUUCUUUUUGUAAAGGCUGCAAAUGCUUCUUUGAGUUGUUUUUGAGUUCCUCCUUAAAUAGGCUUUGUUUUUAAUCUAUUGCAUCUGUGUCCUAUUUUUUCUCCAAGCAACUGUGAGAGAUUUCUCAUUUUAUCCUCACAAGUGUGAACCGGUCUUGUGCUACUAAUUUUGUUUUUGUUUUAUUAUUUUUGUCUGUGCAGGGGUUAUAUUGCAUUACACAAUGGUUGUUUAGUAAAUUAGUAAUCGUAUUUUAUGAGUAGGCAUAUUGCAUAUUGCAGCCUUUCUCAGCCCCUCCACGUGUUUUGGACAACAGCUUCCAACAGCACCAAGUACGGAAAGGCUGGUAUGUUUCAUUUUACGUUUUAUGAAAGCCUCCUUGAGAAGGCUUUGCUUUAGAAAGCAUCUAACAAGCCUGAAUGAAAACAGGCAUUUUGAUCCGGGCCUAGAAAUAUCAGAUAAUCAACACAGAACUCUUAGUUCCAAUGUUUAUGUACAGUAUCUCCAGAAAACUGCAUGAGUCAAGGUUAUUGCUGCUGUGAAAUAAUUUCAUUCCCUGAAUAAGGAAGGUGUUGCUGCCUUCACUGCCUAGAAGACAGGAGCUAGCCUGACUAAAAGUGAACUCUCUCCUUCCCCCAAUAGGGAGCUGGGAAUCGAAGCAGGAGUGACUGCAGCUACCUACCCACCAGGCCCGCUGCAUCCUCACUUGGCUCACUACCACGCACCUCCUCGACUUCACCACUUGCAAAUAGGUGCUCUUCCUUUAAUGGUAAGGAGAACAGCUCUGAAGCCACUGCCAGUAUUUGACAUUCGCUGCUGCACAACAGCCACUGGACGCAGCUCCUCCCUUCUGAAAAGAGUGAGGAUUGUCUCACAGCGUCCAUGGCAGGUUGUCCCUGCUUCCAUUUCAUUUGAAAUUUUGUUCUUGGGAACACUGACAUAUACAAAGUUUUUUGUGAAAAAAGAAAAAGAUGGACUUCCUAGCCCAGGGCUGGGAAACCUGUUGUUCUCCAUAUGUUGUUGGACUCCCAACUCCUAUCGACCCCAGCCAGCAUGGGAUGGCAGGAGUUCUAGUCCCACAGCAUCUGUUCUGCUUCUCUGCCCUAACUGGCAGGGACUUGUAUUGGGUUUAAUUCGCCCACAUUUCUCACUUGGAAAUCAGAAUAUAACCCAAAUUAAAUUAGCCAGUAGUACAUUGACACUCUGCAUCUGAUUUUGUUGUUGCUGUUGCUUAGUUUAUAACUCACUUUGCAAGGCUAAGUUACAGUACUCCUUGAUUAACUGGAAAGUGCUAAGAGGAUUAUCUUCUAGUUACUUUUGCUACUGUUUAAUUUCACAUUUGAUGUGGUUGGUGGAAGUAGUUUUGAAUUCUAGCACCCCCUCUAUUUUAAUACAAAUAUUGGGGUUUGAGAUUACAGGAAGGGCAUAUUGGAAGCAAGGAUGGUUAUUUGCUGCUGGUCUGCACGCACUUUUUAUGUGCAAUUUGGCAGAAUCUGAGAUUGAUCACAGACUCCAGAAUAAAAAGACAGCUUAUGCAAAAGGAAGAGACCACUUUUGAUGAAUUCUGGCAGUUCUUGCCUAGCUUUGUACCUGAAUAACUUUUUCCAGUGGCAUUACUUGACUGCUUAGGCUCCUGAAUUAGAAAGGAAAAUUUUGCUUGUAGUACCACAAUCCACGUUCUGCGAUUCUGGUUCACAAGAUGACACAUGUCGCUGGCUUUUCUUCUUCAUGUGCUAGAUGAAAUGCUAGUUAAAAUGAUAGCACCUGGAUUGUCAGGUUCUCUUACAACAGGAGCUUAUGGCCCCAUGUUGUUGGACUCCCAACAUCCCUCAACCCAGCUAGCUUGACCAGUGGUCAGGGAUGAUGGGAGUUGUAAUGUAGUAACAUCUAGAGGGCCACAGGUUCUUCAUCCCGGUUUACAGAGAAUGUUGUGAAUGUCGUACAGCACUUAGCGUAACUGUGCAAGUGGCUUAUGCAUCACUAUCUUUGACCCUGUGCAGCUUGUCAAUGUCAGAGACUACCACUUACCUAAAUGUCUUACCUAAACGAAAUCGUUAGAAAAUUUCUGUUGGAAAAGCAAAAGAGGUGCGAUCAGAUGAUGGUUGACAAAGGAAUUAAAGCUUUUAUUUGUGCCUUUCUUACAAAGUCCUGAAGGAUGGUCUGUGUAAGUAGAGUUGCACCGGUUAUGGCUGGUCUCCAGGAAAUUUCUGGAUUUGUGAGUUGAUGGCUUUCUUUACUAUGCAUAAGAGUAGGCUAGAAGUGCUCUAGUUAGUCAGCCAGGUGGGAAGGCAUCAAAUCUGCUAAGGUUAGUUCCAGGUCAUUGGAAGGACAGAAAAUCAUCCUGAUUUGAGCAUUUACUGUUUUAAAGAUUUAGUCUCCACUUUCCUAUCCAGUGACCUCUAUUGCAUCUUAAUUCAAGAAUUAAAGGAUCUGAGGAACUGGGGUUUGCUUGAACUUGUGAGGAAGUGCAGAAUGUGGAAUCCAUCUGAUAGGCAUCUAGCUGUGGUGAAAACUCUGAACCUGUAGUUCUUUUGACUACUUCCUUGCUUUAGGCAUGAAGGGAUACUGGAAUGUCUGUUGUUUCAUUUUUGCUUUGCUUGGUGGGAUGACUUUAACUCGAGAUCUCUGUGGCCUUUUAGGGGACAUGAUAUUCUGGAGCCAGCAAUGUUGCAGAAGCAGCCUUCACCAUCAGCAGCCUGCUGCCGCUCAAUAUGUUUUGGACUAUAUCUUUUAUCAGCCCAGCCAGUAUGCCCAAAACAUCUGGAAAGUACCAGGCUGGUGAAUACUGCUCCACAAAUGUUAGGCCAGCAUUCUUGGAAGUGGGAUUGCUUGCUGCAUUCUUACUGACUUUACAGUGUGCAUUGGGAUUACUCUGUUGAAGGGACUUGCUGUGUUCCUUUUGGGGUUUGUUUUUUGUUCUCACCUUUCCAUAAAAAAGUGUUGGAAUUUCUAACGGUGUGUGUGUGUGUGUGUGUGUGUGUGUGUGUAGGUUCUGAAAUAACCUGGUGAGGUUGCGUAUGUGGAGGCACGCACCAACAGUCAAUUCAAACUGCAGUUUAUUCUAAGUGUUGUAUCAUUGUUGGACGGAGUCCCUACCCUUUUAAGACCAUAAGGUAUAUGCCUGUUUGACUUAUAUGCGAACAAUGCAUGAAGCUGGCUAGCUAAGGAACUACCUUGACUUGUUCUUAGAUAAUUUUCAAGCUUCGUUAUAAUAACCACCAUCAUGUUAGAUUUCAUGUCUACUAUGUUUGAGGCACAUAAUUUGCCAAAAUGUUUCUGAAAUACUCACACCUUAAGCCUUGGUUGGGUGAGAACAAGUCAUCCUCUAGACCAGGUUCAGAAUAGUUUCCUUCUUUGAAAGAGUUUGUUUCUAGGAGCCCUUGCAAAAAGAGAAGGGAUGGCAGGGUUACCAUCUUCCAGGAUUCUGUCAAUUGCUGAUGAGAAUCAAAGCAGCAGGGUUCUGUAUUUUUGCAACAUGGACAGUAAAAUACUCGAAACUGUUCUGCAAUUAGAUUUAACUCCAUUCUGCUAUUUGAAUAGGUUCCUGACAUGGCGGGCUACCCUCACAUUCGUUACAUUUCAUCGGGAUUGGAUGGAACUUCAUUCAGAGGCCCUUUCAGGGGCAAUUUUGAGGUUUGUAAUAGAAUAAACCUGGCUAUGUGGCAGGAUUUUUGCUUGAGGGAACACGGGGGAGGGGUACAUUGCAGAGUUAAAUGUAAACUAAUCUGGUUUUAGAUUAUAUUUUUUUAAUGACCUCUGGCCUUUUAAUUAUGCCUUGGGAACAAAGCUGGUGUUUAAAAAGCAUAGAAUACUUUUUAUUAUUAUUAUGCAGCAGUAGGUGGCAGUUAAUGGACUAUGUACUGCAAUAAAUGUUUAUGUUGAGAGGAUGCGGUACUGCUAGAGGUGGCUUGCUGAAGGGGAGGACAGUUGGUGUUAAACUAUCAAUCCUCUUGCUUAAGUGAAGCUGGGCCACGUUUGCAGCUGAAGUUUGUUAUGCACAUCAGAGAAAUUAAGACAUCGGAUGCAGAGAGUUAAUGAACUCUUAAUGUUCUAGUUCAGUCUUUCCCAGCCUCAUGCCCUCUGGAUGUUGUGGGCUACAACUCCCAUCAGCCCCCGCUAGCACGGCUGUAUGAUUCUGGGGCUGAUGGGAGUUGCAGUCCAAAACAUCCUGUGGGCGCCAGGUUGGGGGAGACUGUUCUAGUACAUUGGAAACAUGUUCAGGAAGUGCUUUCAAUUUAAGUUGUGUUCUUGGGGCCAAAAACGGAUUACUGUGUUUCAGCCAAAAGCCUUGGUGCUCUUCUUGUUGUAGAAUCAGGAAGUGCAGCCUUUUCAGUGCAUUUUAUUAUCAUCCUACCAUCAUUAUUAAACAUGCAACAAACCAUCCUGUGCAUAAGCACAAGAGUUAAGCUGACUGCUCACCAGCAAGGUGAGCUGACAUUAUUUGAACCAACUAGGUAUCUUCCAAAAGCCUGUGGAGCCCUGACAAGGGGAUUGAGGGGGUCUGUUUCAUGAAGAUUAUUUGCAGACCUUGGAUUGCAGAGUCUUAAGGCAAUGAUGGGGAACCUGUGCCCUCCACAGAUAUUGCUGGACUACAACUCCAGCAUACCUGACCAUUGGCCAUGCUGGCUGGGGCUGAGAGGAGCUGAAGUCCAACAACAUCUGGAGAGUUACAGGUUCCCUAUCCAUGUAGGGACUCAAGAACCCCCUUAAGCACUAAACCACCUCAUGCUGAGCCUCUUUAUGACAUCAGAGCAGGUAAGCCAUUCGCAGCAAGAGGGGCUGAUGAUUGACAGGACCCCUGUGGUAUUAGUGGAGAUCAGAAAUAGAAAACUGCUCACAUACUACUUUUCAAAUAACAUGCAUGUAAAUUAAGUAGUUGAGACAACUGUUUUGCCAUUUGAAGAAUGAAUAAAUGAUUAAGUGAGAAGACCAAGAUAUUGAAUUCUCUCGGUUCCUCCUUGAUUCCAGGAAUUAAUUCAUCUGGAAGAACGUUUAGGAAAUGUGAAUCGUGGAGCUUCGCAAGGGACAAUUGAAAGGUGCACAUAUCCACACAAAUACAAAAAGGUGAGCAUGUCUUAGGGGCUGUUUCAGGGCCAUAUGGAGGGGUGGGAAUACAUUUUGGACAACUAAACUUGCAAAUAUUAGUUCCACAAAUUCUUACUUACCUAUCUGUAAAUAAUAGAAAAUAGAACACACAUCCCUUUUAGAAUGUACUCCUCAGAUCGUGACUAGAUUGCUCUUUUAUAGAAAGUGACAAAUGACAUGUUUUGUAAGUGUAGCUGGCCUAGGACUGCUACUGGAUGCUUUUCCUUAAGGAGCUGAAAACGCAGUUCUUACUCAAUCCACAGUUCUGGAGCCUUACAUUGUUUUAUCUUUAAAAGUUCAGAAUUGUUAAUAAAUAGGUGAGAGGGACAAGUUCCAUCAAAUGUCAGCACGUACAAACUGGCAUGUCAGGAGAGUCCAACCUCUCCUUUCCCCUGAUGUGCACUUUGUAUUUGUAGGGACAUUUGAUCACCCAAAAGGUAGAGCCACAAAAACAGGCAUGUAAUACAAGUCUGCUGAUAGUGUAGCAUGCAAAGUGAUUUGUAGUAAUUUCAAUCCUAGCAAUCCUAUCAGUGGAGUUUUAGUUUAUAUUAUAGUGCUGAAAUUGAGUUGGGGAAUCAGAGUUGCCUAAAGCCACCAGCGUCAGCUGACCUGAAAUCUGAGCUUUUCAGCCCAAUUAUCAGGCCUGCCUUUGCACCACAUGAGUUUGUGCCAGCUUGUUGCACUAUUUUUCCAGGAUUAUACGCCAAUGCAUAUUUUAGGAUUGGAGCCCCAUACUUCAUCAUCACUAUUGGUUUAGUUUUCUAAUGUAAUGUUGUCCAGGACCGGUUUCCCUUUAAUUUUAGAUUCUUUAGCUUUCUUAACUUGUUAAGGUUGUUGCAAAUGUCUAUGCCAAUUUAAUCACUGAAGUUUAAUAUGUUGUUAAAAUGAUUGUGGGGAGGCUAGAAAUGGAUGGGUUGCUUAACCUGCUUGUUGCAUUUUGUUAAAACCUUCAUGUGUGUACUUCCAAUGCAGUCAUAACAGAACUGAUAAAUGUGCAUAAAACAGAUCUUACUCAGUUUGCCAAUAAUGUCAUCUCUGCUAAUAAGGUAACAACUGAUUGGUUCUCACAGAGGAAACUGCACUGCAAACAAGAUGGGGAGGAAGGAACUGAGGAAGAUACAGAGGAAAAAUGUACCAUUUGUUUAUCUAUAUUAGAGGAAGGUGAAGAUGUCAGGUAAAUAACUAAAAACAAAACAAAACCCCAAGCCAGGACCAAAUCCCUGGCGUUCUAAAAACCAUUUUAGAAAUGUUGUUUCUCAAAAUUGCGGGUUUCUAGAUGCAUUUGGGAAUUCAGUCUGUUCCAGUCCCAGUUAGUUGUCAUCUGUACAUUGGCAGUGCCAUAAUGAACUGUCAUCAGAAAAUACUGUUAACAGGAUUUUUAGAGGUCAUCAGUUAACAGGACUGUAGUGUAUUGCCCUUUUGACAUUUAUAGGGCCUGAAGUGAAAAAAACUGAAAUAUUUAUAAUGUUUCAAUAAGAAGGAACAUAUCAUCAAAACAUACUUAAAACAGAAAAGUAACAUUUAACACAAUAGUAGUCCCAAAACUGAGAAAAGGCUGAGUUUCAUGUAGCCACCUUCACAUUGAGUGUUGUUGAAAAGCUCUUCCUUGCUGUAGUGCUUCACCUGGAAUCAUAAAUGUUUAAACACUUCUUAAACAUGAUAUGGACAGGCCAUAACUCAGCGGUAGAGCACCUUGCAAAAGGUCCCAGGUGGUAAAGCUGGGAGAGACACCUGCCUGAAACCCUGGACAGCUGCUGCCAGACAGUAGGCAAUACUGAGCUAGACGGACCAGUGGUUUGACUUGGUUUAAGGCAACUUCCUUUGUGCUUUUACCAUGCUUGGAAGCCAAUGCAUGCCUGCACUGCCGCUGCCAGGAUUAUGUCAGAACUAGGGUGCGUGCACUGCAUGUGAUUGGAGCAGUGCUUAGUAGGAAGGAGUGGGCAUGGCUCACCCAUGCCUUUGACCAUCUUCAAGACUGCAUACUUCUGCAUACUUCUGCUAUUGAUAAGAAGAAAAUCCCCUAUGUCCCCUUUUGUCAGUGACAGUCUUUCCUUGCCACAGACAGUGUCAACUCUUCUGCACUGACAGACCUUAGGACAAGCUCUGCUGUACUGCUUCAGUUCAGCAUCUUGAACCAUCUAAUUUAGUGUGUUUGGGGUGCUAGUGUUAUUGUGGCCGUGUGCUUUUAGUACAUCCUCAGAUCACCAUAUAAUACCCAGGGAAUUGCAAACCUUUUGGGGGGAAAAGUUCUGACUUUCAUGGUUGCAGAAAGAAGCUUGCAAGGCCAAGUAGAGACUCAGAAACUAGAUGGUGCACUAAGGAUCCUUUUACAAAAUGUAGGUGCCCUAUGACACAAGGCCCAUCAUGUUAGAAAGAAAUGCCACAACCUUGCUGACAGUCAGAUCUCCUAAUCAGUAUGUUAAAAUGUGAUAUAAAAUAAAGUAGGGUUGUUGUUUUUAACGGAGGACCUUUUUUAUGAUGUAUGUUUUCAGGUAGCCAUUCUUGCCUGUAAAGUGCUGACCUCUCUCCUUCCAUUUUUCUUGUUCAUAGGCGUCUUCCAUGUAUGCAUCUCUUCCAUCAAGUGUGUGUAGAUCAGUGGUUGAUCACAAACAAGAAGUGCCCCAUUUGCAGAGUGGACAUUGAGGCUCAGCUGCCAAGCGAAAGUUGACACCCUUUUGCCUAAAACCUCUUGCUCUCUUCCUUCACGCUCAUCCUUCCUGGUACUGCAGUCAACCAAAGAUGGCAUGACUUACCUGUGCAGAUGUUGGAAGCAUUUGAACCUGCUAGAGUGCUGUUUGUCUGCUCUAUGGUAUACCUAAUGCUAAACCUACAGUUCAGUGUAUUUAUAAAGCUUUUCUUUUGUUUGUUUAGACCGUACAGUUUUCCCUACUCUUAACACAUUUUCCUGUACAUUUUGCAUGGUUCCUUGUAUUGCAUUUCUUUGCACAUGUUAUGGGCUUAGUGACCUCUCCAAACUUGCAGGCAAGAUUAUCUGCUUUAGAAAGUAGAAUUGUGUGGUUUUUUUGUUUUGGUUUUUUUUUACAUAGAGUCAGGCUUAUUCAGAGUAUGAUUUCACUCAAUACUAACCUCAGAGUCCUUAAUUUAAUCAUGUAUUUUAGUUCUAAAUGUAUAAAGAUCAAAAAGGAUAUUAUUGUGUUUUUAAGACAUUCCUUAAUUAGGGGAAAAAGCUGCUGUAUACUUGUGUUGGGGAGAGACGCCAAGCACUUCUCCUGCACAAGCCUCCUGAAAGUGAAUGGGAGCCUUGUGAGAGCUCUGCAGGCGCUGUUCGUUCCAAGUUGCACCAUCCAUAAUAAAUAACUGGGAACAUAAUCUUCAGAUCCUUUGAUUUCAAAUGGCAUAACCCAUUAUUGGAUCAUCCUUUUCAGAUCAAAUGUUCAUGUUCUUAAACCUUCAGCACAAUGCAGAUAUAUUUGAAUGUCAAUAUUAAAAACAUUUAGACUGCUGUCCGAUUGUAUGUACCAUUUUCUUAUGUCUAGCAAUUUGAAUUUCUCUAACGUAAUAUUUUGCUGCUGUGAAACAGCUCUAAUGAACACUAAAUAUUUGAUUUCAACUAGCUGGGUUGUAGAUACAUGCAGAUUGAAUAAAAUAAGUUUGCAGGAAAACAGGGGGGAAAGACAGGCUGUUUUUAUUUGUUUGUUUGCUCCUCAGUCUUAAUGCUAAAUUCAUCUAAAGAUCUGCACAAGCUGGUUUUGUAAUAAAAAAUAAAAAAAUACAAAAAUUGGGGUUGGGGGUUGGGGUAACAGCCACAAAGAUUAAACCAAGACUUUGAAUUUAACUUCCUAAGGCAAAUAUCCAUGACUUCAUAGAACUUUGAAAGGUCCCUUGCCCUGUCAUGGGAACUGGGUGGUGUUUUUUUGUUUUUUUUAAUUUAGUUUUACAGUUAAUAAAGUUAGCUGAAUCCACCUGU